CAGUGAGCCCGACAGCCGCGAUAUGAUGUCAUUGCGGCCUCUGCGUCAUUGCAGGGCGUGAGAGGGACCUGUGCAGGAAGAACACAGAGAUCCCAGCAACAUCCACUGACCACCAGGGACUGAGGAUCCAGUCCAGCCCUUCUAGAGCAAGGUAGGGAGGCUGGGUGGACCUCUUAAUUAUUAAAUGCGUGUAUGUAUGUAAUGUUUGUGUGUGUAUGUGAUUGUGUGUCUGUGAUUGUAUGUGUGUGGGUCUGGGAUUGUGUUUGUGUAUGUCUGUGAUUAUGUGUGUGGUUGUGUGUAUCUCUGUGUAUGUGUUUAGUAGAUAGCUCCUUUAUUUGGUGUCCUUAAAUAUUACAAUCCCACAUAAGGACAACAAAUAAGGGAUUUAUCUGCUAAACAUCUGAAAUUAAGAAAAGGGCUUUUAAAAUUGUGAUCCUUUAGCUGUUUAGUAGAUAAUUCCCUGAAUUGGUGCCUUUAUGUGAGAUUUCCAUAUUUAAAGAUACCAAAUGAGCGUUCUGUUUAGCAGAUAGCACCUUAUUUGGUGUUCUUAAAUAUGGCAAUCCCACAUAAGGAUAGCAAAUAGUUAUCUGAUAAACAAAAAUCGAAAUUAAGAGGUGUCAGCCAGCCCACAACAAGAAAUCUGGGUGGCUAACAUGAAUUCUAUGCUAAUGUGUUGUCAGAGCACAACAUGCUGGCAUCAGACAGCCAAUGGCAGCAUAUUACACCAUCCCCUAGUGAAAAGUUUUACUGCUCAAUCCCCCGGUUACCCCGCCCCCUGUUAUGACUGUUUUAUCUUACGUGUGUCCCCUCAUAUAUUAUUCCUAGAGUCGCCACGAUGUCUGCAUGUGUGUCUGUGUAUCUGUGUGUGGCUAUGUUUCUGUGUAUCUGCAAGUGCGUUUAUGUACCUGUCCUAUUGUGUUUUACACCCCACCUCCUAGAGAAUGUAAGCUUGUUUGAGCAGGGUCCUCUUCAACCUAUCGUUCCUGUAAGUUUUCUUGUAAUUGUCCUAUUUAUAGUUAAAUCCCCCCUCUCAUAAUAUUGUAAAUCGCUACGGAAUCUGUUGGCGCUAUAUAAAUGAUAAUAAUAAUAAUAAUGUGUGUGUUGUAUGUAUAUGUGCAUACAUCUCAAAAUCUCGCCAACACUACACACAAAUACACUCAUGCAUUUCAACGUCAACACUACAUACAAACCCCACCAUUAUAUAUAACCAUACCACUGCAUUCAAAUACCACACAACACACAAAUGCAUGCUUGCAUUGAAACACCUACACUACAUACAAACACAUGCAUACAUUCAAACACACAAACACUGCUCAGUGCUAAAUACAUUUAAAAUAAUAAUUUUGGUUGUUUUUUACAUUUAAAGCUGAGGAAGGGGGUCUUCCAAAAAUAGGACCUGCAGUGGGUACCAAAUGCUUUAGGUACGCCCCUGCAUCUACCUAUUAACUCUCACACAGGAAAUGCAUUGCAGUAUGAACAAACAUAGAAACAUAGAAUGUGACAGCAGAUAAGAACCAUUCGGCCCAUCUUGUCUGCCCAAUUUUCUAAAUACUUUCAUUAGUCCCUAGCCUUAUCUUAUAGUUAGGAUAGCCUUAUGCCUAUCCCACGCAUGCUUAAACUCCUUUACUGUGUUAACCUCUACCACUUCAGCUGGAAGGCUAUUCCAUGCAUCCACUACCCUCUCAGUAAAGUAAUACUUCCUGAUAUUAUUUUUAAACCUUUGUCCCUCUAAUUUAAGACUAUGUCCUCUUGUUGUGGUAGUUUUUCUUCUUUUAAAUAUAGUCUCCUCCUUUACUGUGUUGAUUCCCUUUAUAUAUUUAAAUGUUUCUAUCAUAUCCCCCCUGUCUCGUCUUUCCUCCAAGCUAUACAUGUUAAGAUCCUUUAACCUUUCCUGGUAAGUUUUAUCCCACAAUCCAUGAACCAGUUUAGUAGCCCUUCUCUGAACCCUCUCUAAGGUAUCAAUAUCCUCUGAGGUCUCACCAGUGUUCUGUACAAUGGCAUGAGCACUUCCCUCUUUCUACUGCUAAUACCUCUCCCUAUACAACCAAGCAUUCUGCUACCAUUUCCUGCUGCUCUAUUACAUUGUCUGCCUACCUGUAAGUCAUCAGAAAUAAUCACCCCUAAAUCCCUUUCCUCAUAUGUUGAGGUUAGGACUCUAUCAAAUAUUCUGUACUCUGCCCUUGGGCUUUUACAUCCAAGAUGCAUUAUCUUGCACAACAAACAGGGGAAGCUCUCAGUGAUGAACACUGUAUAACCACUCCUGCAGCUCUAACAUCAUCAUCUGACUAGAUAAUAGAAGACAUUAUUACAAGUAAUCCUUCAGCACUGUAAACCUGAUAAUAACCCUUUACCUUGAUCCUAUGUUUAACUUUAAAAUUUAAAUACCUCAUGCACCCAAAUAUUAAACUUAACCCAACUUUAGCCAUAAACUGAAUAAUUGUAUAUAGCUAUUAUACUACAAUGUUAACCCUUCUGAAGUUGUUAAUCUUUUUAACACUAAACACCCUAUGAAAUAUAACUCUUGACAUUAACCCCUCUCUAACGUUAAAUGGACACUAUAAUCACCAAUACAACUUUAGCUUAAUGACGCAGUUUUGGUGUAUAGAUUUGGUGUUAUGGCUUACUUAGCUGAUUAGAGUGGGACACUGUGAGCCUAGAAUAUUGCACCUUUUCACAAUAUUCUAAUUUACUGAGAUUGUGGAUUUGGGGUUUUCAUGAGCUGUAAGCCAUAAUCAUCGCACUUAUGACAAAUCAUGGCUUGAAUUAUCUUGCUUUGCAUGUAAUGCGUCUAUCUCAUAUAUUAGUUUCACUUUUACGUUGCAUUACUGAAAUAAAUGAACUUUUGCACGAUAUUCUAAUUUUUCGAGUAUCACCUGUAUUAUGUUAGUGACAGGGACCAUUUUGUUUUCUCUUACGUAAUCAAUAUCAUGUCUUUUUUAUAGAACCUGGAUUUCAUCUGUUGAAAACUGGUUUUAUUUUUUUUCUACUUGUUCCAAAUGCACUUAUCCAUCCUCUAGGAAGCUCUUCUUUAAUUCUCAGGUAUCUAUGGGAGUUCUAGGUCACAGUUUUCAGUGUGCUUUGUGAAGUGCUCUGUCUCACUUACUGGGUGUUUGCCAUGAUUUGCUAUAUGUAAUCCAUUAUUGAUGGUAGUGACAUGUAUUGACCCUUAAUGUUAAGUAAAUGUAUGAAUUUUCUUUUUUUUAUAAAUUACUCCAGUUUGGUUUCGGUUUGUUUUAGUCCAAAAAAAGGUCUCCCUUUGGGAUGAUCCAAAUGCAGACUGUUGAUGAGCCAGAUUAUAUCUUCAGGCAGAGUUGUGAAAGUCUAGAGGAAGAACAGAGACAGGAUGCUAAAAAGACACGUGGCUGAUUUAGCUUCUUCACAUUCUAUAAAAAUAAAAAUCAGAUCCACUGAAGGCUUACUUACAGUUUUUUGUCGGUUAAAAUUCAAAGUGAUUCCUUCUUUUAUAGCCAGCACGGAAAAACGGAGGUGAUAUCAAAGAAGAUUAUAGGGAAAUUUGGUUGCUUAAUAUACACAGGGAACCAUUUUUAUCUGCCAAGUCUAUUUAUAUGAUGUAAAAAUAGAAGUGGGAGUUUUUAAAAAUGACCAUUUCCUUCAACCAGACUGUGACGCUUAGGCAGAAGUUGUUGCUUAAAACAUCCUAAAAGUCAAUAUUUACACUUUUAACACAACAUUUUUAUUUACAUCAGCACAUUUCUAGAUACCAGAAUUAAAAGGGAUGCUGAACAUCAGUAGAAGAUCUGGACAUUUAAAGGAUUAUUUCUAUUUUUUGUAUUAGCAAGUUUUUAAAUGCAUUUUCUAUUACAAUAUUAAAUUAAUGUUCUCCAUCUGCACAGCCCUCUGCCCUUUCUCUAUUCUACUGUAUUUAUUUAUUGAGAGACUAUAUCACUUGUCUCAUAGAUUUCUAAGAGAUAGCUUGUAUAACUUCUCACACUGGCAUAGCUGAGAUAAUGUGAAUGAAGUGGCACACAAGCUAAGUUGUAGCCUAUGGUACAUUAUGAAAAUAUCUUUGUUCAUUGUUUUCAUUAGUCAAGCUGCCUGCUUUUGGGUCAGAUUUAUUUACUUGACGAGAAUUUUAGGCAUAAGGGAAUAUCAGUGUUUUGGCCAAUAGAGCUAUGUUGAAAAAUUUUUCCUACUCUAUUGUUUUUUUUCAGCAUUCAAACAAACUUGUGGAGGAUUAUUCCAUAAACUGAAAAUUGUGAGGGAAGGGCAAAGGAAUUAUAUUUUUUAGACCUAAAUUGGUGAAGCUGGAAACAGAGCUGAGAUCAGGAAAAUGUAAAUCUGAUCAUUACUUUUGUCCUAAAAUCUUUAAUUUCUCUGUUUAGUGAAUAAACCCAUAAACACUCACAUUAAAAUAAACUCUUUUAAUUGGUACUAAUAGUACUUGGAAAUAACUGUUUAAAGAGUUAAUCCGAAUUUCAUAACCACUACAGCCCACUAUAGUUAUAAUGAUGCCAGGAGUACCCUGGUGCCGUUUCUCAAUAACAGUUUGCAUCUAACCUGGCUGUUGCUGGGCAUCAUGCCUCUCUCAAUGCCGGAAUGGUUUCAACUUGCAGAUCUGCAGAAACCGGACAUAAUUCUUCCCAGUCAUUCAUUGGCUGAAUUCUUCAGCGAAGCGUUCUCAGCAAAUGAAUAAAUGUCUGUGCAAGGAAUAUGCACGGAAUUGAUGUUUGCCAGCCUGGAAAGAGAGUUCCAGGCUGACUGUUGAAAGCUGCUGGAUGGAUAUGUAAUCAGCAUAUAUAUUUGAAACAUCUGUCUUUUGUUUCUUGAGUAAUUGACUUUUUAUCAGUCAUCUGAUGUGGUGCUUACAUAAAGUACAUUAAUUUAGUCUUGUAAACAUGGCUAAAGUACUUCUUCAUGCUACCACUUUCACUGUUGUACAGUACCAGCCCAGUAACAACGGUAAUAAACAUAGUUAAAAUGGGAACUCUAAGCACCAUAAACACUAUGGCCUGUUGUAGUGGCUAUGGUGCUAGUUGGCUGCAAACAAUGCCGCCCUGUUCUGUGUCAAAUCGAUCUUCACUGGUUUGACAAAAACAAAGGAUUCUCCUAGUUCCUGUAAGCCGGCCUCUCACUGGAUUGUAAAUGCAGACGUAUCACUUCUGCAUUAACCAUACAAAUUUUGUCCAAAUUUGGUAAGCAUUAAUUGGCUAUGCUUGUCAAAAUUGGUUUAACAUAGAAUUGAGAGGGACAGCUUCUGCAGACUCCAAGCACCAUAAUCACUACAAAUGGACGAUAUUCUAAUUUUUCGAAUAUCCCCUGUAUUAUGUUAGGGACAGGGACCAUUUUCAGGUACGGACCGAUUAUAUUAUGAUUUUUAGAAUGCCCCUUUAAACAAUACCCAUCUUGAACUCUACAAACCAUGUAACACAGUCUAUCCAUUUUAUACUGAUGAUACAGCGUAUUGACUCUAGUUCCUAAAUUUUAGUAGCCUACCUUUUGGCCACCCUGCAGGACAGCUUCAAGCAAAACUGUCCCCUCUAUGGAAGUAACAGAUCCCCAUUCUCCCAUCCUAGUAAAUGCGAUUGAAAUAGGGGUGGGUGGGUGGGUAGUGCAGUGGAGGUAAGUAAAAAUUACCUUCUGUGUCCAGGGCAACAUCAUUGGCACAUGAUGCCAUGGCACGCUCAUACACACUCAGGCAUCUGCUGAGAAAUGCUGUAAGUAAGUACGCAUUGCAUAUUCCUUCUAUAGUGCCAUACAUGUGGAACAAUUGGGGUUAAAAGAUUUUGCAUGGUAUGUGCGACAGAGCCAAUAAAUUAAUAAAAUAUAAACUAUGGAUUGUAAAAAUAAAUAAUAAUAGCAGAACCAAUAUUCAGGCAUUCCAAGACAGUUCCACUCUCCUUAGGAGGAAUACUGCUUAUUGGUUAAUAUUGUAUAUAGCAAAUUAGGAUGCUAGCCCAAAGGAAUAAAUAUGUUUUAUCAAACAUUUUAAUCUGUAGGCUCUGCAUAGGCCCACAUCAAACAUUGUAUAUAUUCCAUUUUCUUAAAGAUAUAAUUAACAUUAAUGCUGGACUUAAUAAAGUAAUAAUUUAACGUAUAUGAAAUCAUAUUUUACAUAGCAUUAGGCAUAUUUUAGGAGGUUAAUUCCAAAUAAUGAAUUAUUGCUUCAAAAUAAGCUAAGCACAAAGAAAAAGGAAUCAUGUCAUCUUGGAACAUGUCAUACUGCUGACACAGUUCUAUUCCCAGCAUAGUUCUCUCAGUCUGUGCCAGCCUUCUAGAAGGGAGGGAUGGAGACUUGCAGAAUGUUAACUCACUCCUUGCUGGGUAUUUCUAGUUCUCAACGAGAGCUGUGAGAAAGCAGCAACACAUUAAGAUCCAAGCCAGCAAAAUGAGCAGUGCAUCAAAGGGCUUUUCUUUUUGAUUCUAAUUUGACCUGUCUCACAAAUAAUAAUAAUGAUACCUCCAGCAUAAUAUAUGUGUGAUCUUUAGAUAAGCCUCUGUGUAGGUGCUUUGUCAAAUGCCGUCAGAUAAAUGUGAAGCAAACAAUUGUUUUUUAAAAUUGCAAAAUUUGGUGAGUCGGAAAAUUAGCUGAGCUAGACGUUUAUUUCCAACUUUCCUAGUUUGCCAUACAUUUUUCAUUUAAUUUCUGUUUACCACAACUCGCUUUUAUGAAUAAGUCAGAUCUAUAAAUAUAUACACCCUGACAAUGCAGACUUUUUUUUUUUUUAAUUAUGAUGCAAUGCUUUCUUGAUAAUCCAGUGGUAUAAAAUCAAAGUUCAGUUGUAUGUAAAUGUGUAUAUUAUGUGUUUCUUUGUUUUUUAAGAGCAUUACAACUGUUACAAUAACAAUGUUUUGUUUCUCAUAAAUCUAUAUGGAGAAAAGAGCACUGGAUGAAAAAGUAUAUGGGAUUUAGAGACAAUGAUAAAGUUUGGUCAUCUGUGUCUCUCUGCUGUGCAGGCACAAACUUGUAGUCCUAACGCUGUAGUGUCCUGACAACCUCUUUAGACCCUGCCCUGUCCGUCCCCAUAUAAGGGUCUGAAAGGUGAGUAUUGCUUACCUUUGGAAAGUCAGCCUCCACAAUCGUGCUGUACCUCUUUGGCAUCUACUUUGGCUGUAGAUCAGGGAUAGGCAACCCUGGCAUGGUAACUCUGUAAUGUAAACAAUACUGUUCAUACAGAAUGGCAAUGUUUUCAGUUACAGGGUUAAAAUUCAGUUACAGGGUUUCAUUGAAAUUAAAUGAUCUCUGUGCCAAUGGUGUACCUUUUUAACAACAGAUAUUUCAAGGACUGAAUGUGGAUAUUCCAGAGGGUAGUAAUAGCAACAGGGAGCAAUAACUGGCAGUUCAAUAACAGAAGGGUGACAGAUUGUAUCAAAUCCCUAUGAGUAGGCAUGGUGGUCUCAAUUUCUCUCAUUAGAUUGUUGGGGUUGUUGGGUCUUAAAACUGUGUUACCAACAAAUCAGUUUUAUGAAUAUAUGAGGGGGCAUAUGCCCUGAGGUCUAUGGGGGAUCCUGCCAGACCACAGGAGCCUCCAUAGACCACAUAGCCUGAACCGCCUGAAGUUGAUGGUGGAGCUUCUUCACAUAGGGAUGUUUAGUGGAGAAAAGAAAGUUCAUGGUUCUGAUGCCCCUAUCUAACACCUGGAUCCUAGGCAACUGCCUGAGAUGGUCUAAUGGUUACUCCUGCUCUGGGUAGGCCUACAGUUCUGCCUCUUUCAGUAUUCCUCACCUACAGGGCUUGGCGUGUGCAAAAUAGAUAUAAAUAUCAAAACGAUAGGAUACAAAAUCACAAUUCCACACAUCACCAGUAUGUCCACAGUGAAACAGACCCUUCUCCGAGACAAUCAUUACCAACCUCUGGGUGGUACUGCAGUACCGGUUGCACUGUACACACAACUCCAUGGUAAGGUGUGUAUGUGUUUGUGUCUGUUUGUGUGUAUUUUUUAAAGAACAAAUGUAUAAAGGCAUGUGUUCUAGAUAAUGUAAGCCCUAAAAGCAGGUGAUGAGUAACAUGCCUAUACAGAGUAAGUUUGCUUGGACAGGGCCUUCUUAGCCAUCUAUUCCUAUUAACACGUAUGUUAAUCUCUUAUUUGCUGCAUAUAUGCCUCAGAAAAUUAUAAACAAAAAAUAAUGUUGUUAUCUGUGGGCUCACUGCUUCUGCCUUCAAAGACGCAUUUUAGUCAACACCAUCAUCACAAUGUGAAGCUUAAAAAAUAAAUAAAUAAACCUUUGCCAGCAUGUAAUGCCCUGCUUAUCUCGGCAGCUCUACAUAUUCCUAGUAGUGAUGUCCUGAACGGUUCGCCACGGACUCCAGUCAGCAGACACAUUCCAGCCAAUCAGCAGCAGACCCUCCCACCUCCUGCAGAGCUUCAAAAUGGAUGCUGUCCAGGAGGUGGGAGGGUCUGGGAGGGAGGGUCUUCUGCUGAUUGGCUGGAAUGUGUCUGCUGACUGGAGUCCGUGGCGAACCGUUCGCGAACCGUUCGGCGAACAGUUCGGGACAUCACUAAUUCCUAGUAAUGUUGAAUUAGUAGGUCAUUCAUUCAGAGCAGUGUCUCUAAUGAUCAGGUUGCUAUGACAUCAUAGCUCAUCAGUGGCUCUUAAUGUGUUAAAUUAUUAUACUGUGUAGAUCAUCUAUCCAAUGACAGUCUACCAUAUCAGAGCUAUUUUAAGAGUCAGUCAGUCUAUCUAUCUAUCUAUCUAUCUAUCUAUCUAUCUAUCUAUCUAUCAUAACAUUUGUUAUCAGGCAUAAGAUUGCUUAUCUGUCCUCACAUUAUUUAGAGAAACUAGAGUAAGUAAAUGUAUCUGGUUUUGUAUUGAAAUCUGUGUUAUACAAGCGAGUACAUUGUAGGCCAUUAUAGGGAAUGCAUUAGUUAAAUUUCCUUUUUUUGUGACGCAGGCCUGUGAGUCCCAUGGCAACUGUCUGUCAUGUGGGUUGAGCCUGUGUGCAGGGGAAGAAGCUUCCUGCUGCUGGGAGUUGCUAGGCUUCAGUGUCAGAGUAGCAUGGAAAAUCUCUAGCUGCUCAGCUGACCUCUUCUAUUUCAUGCAUGUGUUUUAUCUUCCGUUUAACAUCUUAGACCGAGAUAAAUCAGCUCCUUUUACUCACAGCACUCUCGUUUGUGAUGUCUUUUUGCAGAAUCGUCAGAUGUUUACAAUUAGAUGUUCAUAUUUCAAUGAUAAUGAAAAUAUAAUUUUAGCAGACUUCAAUCAUGUUUAAAUCCCUUAUAUAUUCCAUGGUGGAAUUGGCCCUGUCCCAAGGUUCUAUUUCAAACCAUGGAGUGGCUUGAUAAAAAAAAAAAAAAAAAGGCUUUUCCUUGCAGAGAACGCCUAAUCCCUUUUGUAGUCAGAAAUGAUACGUUUGUAUAAUUUAUCCAACAUGAUAGGCUGAGAAUGUUAGAUCGAGUUAUCUAGAUACCUGCUGCCCGAGGAACAGAUUUGUACAUAUAACGAGGAAGUGUCACUCUGCCGUCUCCAUGUGCAUGCAGAGGGCCAGGAUAUGGCUGUUAAACCACUCCAAAACUUUUGCAGAAAAAUGGGGGACAGCACAGUACCAAAACAACUAAAAAUGAGUUGUAGAAGUUAUGAUAGCCUUGCAUGCUACUUUACCGACAAGAUUGAACAGCUAAGGAAAGAAUUCUCCCCACCCUGCCUUUCUCUUUCUCAACCACAAGUAGAACAUGCCUUUCCUACCCUUCAGAUGUUCUCCCUGGCUACUGAACAAGAAUUGGCUGCGCUUCUCCUUUCCUCUCGAAGCCACCACUUGCUCGCUUGAUCCUGUCCCAUCUCACCUUAUCAGAUCUCUUUCCCCUUGUCUUGUGCCUUCCUUAAUACACAUCUUCAACUUCUCUCUCUCUUCUGGCGUUGUCCUUGCUGACCUUAAACAUGCCACUGUAGUACCUAUCCUGAAAAAAACAUUUCUAGAACUGUCCUCCCCCUCUAACUAUCGUCCCAUAUCCCUUCUCCCUUUUUCCUCAAAGCUUCUGAAAAGACUUGUUUUUACCGAUAUGUCUCAAUUCCAACUCUCUCCUUGACCCUCUUCAAUCUGGCUUCUGCACUCUCCACUCUUCUGAGACUGCCCUUAUCAAAGUUACUAACGACCUAAUCACAGCUAAAUUAAAAGGCCACUACGCCAUGCUAAUUCUUCUUGACCUCUCUGCUGCCUUUGACACAGUUAAUCAUGCUCUACUUCUUCAAACUCUUCAAUCACUCGGUCUCUGUGACUCUCUCCUCUCGUAGUUUUCCUCUUAUCUCUCCCAACACUCAGUGUCUCCUUUUUUAUACCUCCUCCCUUCAUCCUGGCUUGGUUAAGGUCCCCCAAGGCUCUGUCCUUGGUCCCCUUCUAUAUUCUCUUUAUACAGCCUCUCUUGGCAAACUGAUUACCUCAUUUGGAUUCCACUACCACCUGUUUGCUGAUGACACACAGAUAUAUCUCUCCUCCCUGGACCUCUCCCCUGCCGUCCUGCAACGUGUCACUGCUUGCCUUUUUUCCAUCUCUGACUGGAUGUCCUUCUGCUUUCUGAAACUAAAUCUCUCUAAAACUGAGCUCCUUGUCUUUCCUCCUCCUAAUACUGAUCCUCCUCUUUCGCUCUCCCUUCAAGCAAGUGGUAUCCACAUCAGUCCAUCCUUGUAAGUGCGCAUCUUAAAAACAUCCGGCCCUUUCUUACGCAAGAUGCUACUAAGGCGCUUGUCCAUGCUUUAGUAAUUUCCUUUCCUUGUCAGUUACUUGAUAUUUUAGAGGACACAUUAGAGCAAGAUUUAUUAAAGCUCAUUUUGGAUGUUCUACUUUGGUCUUUACAUAUGUAUACUACAUAUUAGGGAUAAGGGAUACUAUUAGUCUAUCUAUAUUUUAGUUGUAUCAUCACAAGGAGAUUUAUAUAUAUAUUUUUUUAUUUAUUCAUCUAUAUUUGUCUGUGAGACUACUUUAUUUUGCUCCAGAUUCAUGCAGUUGGAUACACCUGCUUUUUGCAGCUGUUUUUCUCUGUACGUUUCAUCCCUUUUUUUUCUAUAUACAAUUUUGGGGUUAGGCCCCUGGAGACCCUUGGAGCCUCCAUUAGGUACCAUGUGGGUUUACCUAUACCGGUAGUGCCAAUUUCUGUAGGCACUAAAUGGUAGUGGUUAUUUGUUUCUAGUAAUUUCCUGCAUGGAUUAUUGUAACCCUCCCCUAAUUGGUCUUCCAAAAAAAUGUAUUGCCCCGCUACAGUCUGUAAUGAAUGCUGCCGCCAGACUGAUUUUCCUCUCUAGUCGGUCCUCUCACACCUCAUCCCUCUAUCAGUCCUUACAUUGGCUUCCUGUAUCCUAUAAGAGUCAAUUCAAUGUGGCCAACUCAUGCUUGCAGGACUUCUCACGGGCAGCUCCCUUCCUAUGGAAUAGCCUGCCUUCCGCCAUCAGACUCUCCCCAGUCUUCAAUCAUUUAAGAAUUGCCUUAAAACCCAUCUCUUUAGGCAAGCUAAUGGCCUCCCAGAAUAACCUCUACCUUAUAUACCUGUCUCCUGCUCUAUCCUAAAGGGCAGCACUCUCCUCCAACUCUGAUUCACUCCCACCUUAUUUGAUUGCUAUUUCCGGUCCUAUUGUGUUUUACAUCCCACCUCCUAUAGACUGUAAGCUCGUUUGAGCAGGGUCCUCAACUACCUAUCGUUCCCCCUCUUAUAAUAUUGUAAAGCGCUACGGAAUCUGUUGGCGCUAUAUAAAUAGAUUUAGGCAGCUCUGUCUCACCCCUAACUUCCCAUCCAAAAUCUUUAUGAAAAACAAAAACUGAAAUUCCCCUUAACAAUCAAAAGAUAUACUAAGACAAAGUAGCAAUUGCAUUGUCUUAGUAUUUUUGCAACACUUGGCAAAAGCUUGACAAAAGAUGGAGCUACCUAUGUCAAUCCCUCAGCUGUCACUAAUAACCACUAUGGUGAAAUAGGCUUUCUCUUUAGAGGAUCCUCCAUAGACCUCAGUGUGGUCUAUGAAAUGCCAGGAGCUAAAGAGGACUGGCGGCCAUAAGACAGUGGUGUAUUUUGGUUUUGUGCUACCCUAGGCAUGACUAAACUCAAGCACCCCCUAGUCUAAAUUUGCCCCACACCAUCCUGUCAAGGCCGUACCUCUUCCUAUUUAAGACCAAAACACACUUUGACUGAUAGACAAUACAUUGCCUCACGGAUACAUACACUGACAUACAUUCACUGACAGACACAGUCAUUGGCACACACACUGUUUAACCAACACUGGCAGUCACUCAGCUGGCCACUAGAGGUGCUUCCUGGGUCAGCGCAACACACUGUGCAGCACAGAUGCUCAGCGUCUCCAUGAACAUUUAUCAUAGAGAUGCAUCAGCAGAUGCUGAUUGAUGCAGCGCUUUGUCGUGCAUGUGCAAUAGCCUACCAAUGCUUUUCUAUGGGAAAACAUUGGAUUGGCUGAGACCGUCAAAUUUGAUAAUCUCCGCCCAGGAGGCGGAGCGGAGUAGGGGGCCACUUUUUACUCCUCUAACAGGGGGGCAGGAGGGAUAAAUAUUGCUUUUAAAACUCUGGUGUCAGGAAUACAUCUGUAUUCCUGGCACUAUAGUGUUCCUGUAAGCACUAAAAAUUUACCUUUCGUUAGGUGCAGAACUGGUCUUCCCCAAGUGACUCUGGAAAGCAGUCUCUCUCACUAGGAGCUGGUGUUUGGAGUAGCUGCCUGGUGUGUUAGUAUACACAUUUGUCAGGGGGUGAAAAUGUCAAAAAAAUAAAAAACAAAACAACAAAAAUUGCUCACCUCCUAGGAAGUGGCCAAGCUCCAUGACAGUAAGGCUUUUAUUUUUAAAACAUGCAUUAAUAAAUUUAAUAAAAAAAUAACAACAAAAGAUACAAACAUUUAAGACUUUUAUUUUUUUUAGUCCCUUCACCAUAUUUUAUAACACCUACUUCAGCUUUGAACUGGACCAGGAGAAGCAGACUGCCGCUUUGUGGGGUUCCUGCCUGCAACUGCCCAGGAGCUUCAGCUUGAAGUCACUCGACUCCUGCUCCUCCACAUAGCACGUCUCAUGACUUGGGCUAAUAAGGCAUUUUGCCUCCCCCUAAAAAGUGCCGCCCAAGGCAAAUGCCUUGUUAGCCUUGUGAUAAAUACAGUGCUGCCAUGAGGGACAUGUUUAGAUAAGUAUACGGUGGCAUCAUUUGGCCACCGUAAUGCCAGUGGAGCAGUCAACAUUGGGUUUUUUUGCAAAUUAUGCAGAAUUGUCUGGGUCUUACUCAAAUGGUGACAUAGUCGCUUUAAAGGGAUACUAUAGUGCUAGGAAUAAAAAGUUGUAUUCCUAGCACUAUAGCUCCCUCUGCCUCCCCCCUUAUGCCCCUACCCCCUGGAACUGUAAGGGUUAAAAACACUUACUAUACUCACCCAAUUCCAGCGCUGAGUCGGUGCUCUGCCGCCUCUAAUGUCAUCCAACCAGGGGGGCUAAUGCGCAUGUGUGGCAAGUGCUACAAGCACAUUAGGCCCUCCCCAUGAGAAAGCAAGCAAUACUUUCCUAUGGGGAUUUUACUGAUGCUGGAUGUCUACAUGCAGAGUGUGAGUACAUCCAGGGUCAGUUAAGUGAACAAAAGUUACCUAGCAAGCAUAACGUGCCUCUAGUGACUGUCUGAUUGUCACUAGAGGCAGUCUUAACCCUGCAAUGUAAUUGUAGUUCCGAAUAAUUAACAUUGCAGGGUUAGGGGGACAGAUACAUUGCACCAAGACCACUUCAAUGGGUUGAAGUGAUUUAGGUGCCUAUAUGUUCCUUUAAGUGACAGCAAUGCAACACAUGAAAACCACACCAUGGAAGUGCUUGCUACUUGCAUAUAUUUUGUGGGUAUGAAGGAAAGAACUGCCUUUUUUUUGCAUUUAACUUUUAUGUGAAAUUAUAUUAUUUACAUUUUAUAAAAUUAAACACGAACAAUGAUUGCAGCUGCAUUUUGGUUAAUUAUACAGUGAGAUAGAUGUUAACAGGCAUGUUUUGAUGCAUGGAUUUUUACCACUCUAAGAAAAGUAAUUCUAACACAAUCUAAUGCUGUACUUGCCUCUGUUCUCCCAGCUUUUUUUAACCUCUAUUUUGUUACUCCUCUGUCUCUGACCGUCUUAACCCACCUCAACUAUGUAAUGUUGUUUUGUGCUUGUGGCUACAAAUGUGUAACAGGAAUUGUGUGUGUGUGUGUGUGUGCGUGGGGGGAGGGUGUUAGGGGGUGGUGGUGGUCUGUAUGUGUGUCAUGUGAGUUGGUUUGACUCCCUGUGUGAUACUAGCUGUGGUGGAAAUGCAUAUGUGAGAAGGAAUUUGGAAAUGUGCUCUGUGUAAGAGUUGUGUGUGUAUGUGGAUUCCGUAUGUCAGUGUAUGACAGCAUAUUUGUAAUGGAAGUUAUAUUUUGAAGUUACCUGUAUAAAUUGUGGAUUGCAUAUAUGUGAUGGGAAGUGUGUGACUGAAGUUGUUUAUGGAGGCUGUAUGUGUAUAAUAAGAGUUUCUUAUGCAUGUCUUUAUUGGGAGUUGUGUGUGCAUAAAGACUGCAAAUGUAUUUGUGUCUGGUAAAUGUUGUCCACUCUAUUUUAACAGACCCUUAGAUAGAAGGAGUGCACGAUUCCUUGUGAUACGUUGGGUGGAGUGUUUGGUCAGCUGGAUACUCAAAUGAAUUAGAGUACUGAGCUGAUAGUGUAGGGCCCUAUGUUUGGAGGUAUGUAUGUUGCCAUAUUCUGCUUGUGUUGCUUUGUAGCAUUAUAUUUGUGCAUAUGUGGGCUGUUAUAUUGUAUAUGUUCUUGAGUAGAUUGUGGUAUUGUGUAUGAUACCUAUGAAUGUGGGCUGUGAUGGGGGCUACUUGAGGAAUUAUGUUUCUGGAUAUGUCACAUUGUGUUUGGUGGUGUGUGUAUGUGUGGAGCUGUUUAUUGUAUUGCAUCUGAGAGGCUGCUUGCGGAGUUGUGUGCAUGUAUGUUGAUUGUCAGUGGUGUGUUUGUGGGGACUGUGUGUUUCUGUAUGGGCUGUUUGGAUUAUUUGUAUGAUUAUUUGUAUCUUCUGCAGCUCUUUGUAUAUCUAGCAGUAUGGGUGGCUUCCCUGAGGUCCACUGGGGGCUGGGUUGGCCAGGUACAGCUCAAGGGCAGAAGCAGCAAUAUCUGCUGUAAGUUGCACUAAUUCAGUGUCUAUACCAAGUUCGCAAGUGCAGUGAGGAAGUGCUCUGAGAUCCCUUCCUCUAAGAGCUGCAGUGCAUAAAUUGAGGAUUGUGCCUCACCACCUGCAAUCACCGCUCGAGUCUCCUGAUAGGCCAGAUCCCAUUUGGCUCUAGCAUCCUUGGGUGCAGUGCACAACCACCUUGUGCCAUAGGUUGCUGACCCCUGCUCUAGAAAGUACAGGAUUGUAAGGGAGCACAGACCGAGAUCUGCACCCAUAUAAAGAAACAGACCACAAGCUCCCUUGCAGCACGAAGGUCAGGGUGACGGAGCAAAAGAGUCUUAGGAAAUUGUUUACUUGUCUAUUUAAAUUUUCAUAUGUAUUUAUUUCAAUUGUUAUGGUUAUCUAUACCAGUAAUUUCAAUUAAAGAUUUCACACUAAAAUAACACAUGUAAUCAAGGCAUUGGUGAGGAAAAGAUACCUGAUCAGUUAGACUCUCUCAGAGUUAUUCAUUAAAGUUAUUCACUUUAGUUUUUCACUAAAGAUCUAUGCCUGGAAUUCAAAGUCGAUUCAAAGUGAACUUCCAAAUUUCUCCCAAAAUGACUGAAGUAGAAUAAAUCUCCAAGUCAACUAUUAUUUUCUUUUUGGCUAUUUUGUCCCUAUAUUUUAAAUUCACUUUUAAUUCCUAGCAAUUCUUUGCUGAAAAAGAAGAUUUUUGAAAAUUAAAUAUUCCUAGUUCAUAUUUAGAUUUUCACAUUAAAGGGACACUGUAGGCAUCCAGACCACUUCAUCUCGUUGAAGCGGUCUGGGUACAAUGUCCCUGUCCCCCUUAGUCCUUCAAUGUAAACAUUGCAGUUUUUUUCAAGAAACAGCAAUGUUUACAUUGAUGUACUUGAAGCGCUUUGUUUCAUGAAGUUUCACUCCGUAUGAGGACGUCCUGCAUCAGAGAAAACCCAAUAGGAAAGCAUUGAGGCCUAAUGCGUGCAUGGCGCUCGACAUGCAUGUGCAUUGGGUCCCCCAUCAGAUGACAUUGGAGGAGGCAGAGAGCGACCACGGUGCUGGGAUUGGUUGAGGUCACUCUUUAGCUGUGAUGUUGAGCGGAGGACUGGUUUAGUCACUCUUUAGCUGUGAUGUUGAGCUGAGGACUGGUUUAGUCACUCUUUAGCAGUAAUGUUGAGCUGAGGCCUGGUUUAGUCCCUCUUUAUCUGUGAUGUUGACGUGAGGACUGCUUUAGUCCCUCUACAUGAUGAUAAGGUGUGUCAUGCUGAGGACUGGUUUAGUCUCUGUUCAGCUGUUUUACUGAGCUGAGGACUGGUUUAGUCCCUCAAUAUAAGUUGUGUGCUACUGAGCUUAGGACUAGUUUAGUUCCUCUACACAUGGGAAUGGGCUAUGUGUUACUGUGCUGAGGAAUGAUUUAGUUAAUCUUUAGCUGUGAUGUUGAAUGGAGGACUGGUUUAGUACCUCUUUAGCUUUGAUGUUAAGCUGAGGACUGUUUAGUCCCAUUUAGCUUUAAAGUUAAGCUGAGGACUGGUUUAGUCCCUCUACAUGAUGAUAAGGUGUGUAAUGCUGAGGACUGGUUAAGUUUCUGUAUAGCUGUGAUGUGGAGCUGAGGACUGGUUUAGUCCCUGUUUAGCUGUGAUGUAGAGCUGGGGACUGGUUUAGUCCCUGUGUAACUGAUGUAGAGCUGAGGACUGGUUUAGUCCCUGUUUAGCUGUGAUGUAGAGCUGAGGACUGGUUUAGUCCCUGUUUAGCUGUGAUGUUUAGCUGAGGACUGGUUUAGUCCCUGUGUAGCUGUGAUGUUUAGCUGAGGACUGGUUUCGUCCCUGUGUAGCUGUGAUGUUGAGCUGAGGACUGCUUUAGUCCCUGUGUAGCUGUGAUGUUGAGCUGAGGACUGGUUUAGUCCCUGUUUAGCUGUGAUGUUGAGCUGAGGACUGGUUUAGUCCCUGUGUAGCUGUGAUGUUGAGUUGAGGACUGGUUUAGUCCCUGUUUAGCUGUGAUGUUGAGCUGAGGACUGGUUUAGUCCCUGUGUAGCUGUGAUGUUGAGUUGAGGACUGGUUUAGUCCCUGUUUAGCUGUGAUGUUGUAGCUGUGAGGACUGAGGACUGGUUUAGUCCCUGUGUAGCUGUGAUGUUGAGCUGAGGACUGGUUUAGUCCCUGUGUAGCUGUGAUGUUGAGCUGAGGACUGGUUUAGUCCCUGUGUAGGUGUGAUGUUGAGCUGGGGACUGGUUUAGUCCCUGUGUAGGUGUGAUGUUGAGCUGAGGACUAGUUUAGUUCCCUGUGUAGCUGUAAUGUUGAGCUGGGGACUGGUUUAGUCCCUGUUUAGCUGUGAUGUUGAGCUGGGGACUGGUUUAGUCCCUGUGUAGCUGUGAUGUUGAGUUGAGGACUGGUUUAGUCCCUGUGUAGCUGUGAUGUUGAGUUGAAGACUGGUUUAGUCCCUGUUUAGCUGUGAUGUUGAGCUGAGGACUGGUUUAGUCCCUGUGUAGCUGUGAUGUUGAGCUGAGGACUGGUUUAGUCCCUGUUUAGCUGUGAUGUUGAGCUGAGGACUGGUUUAGUCCCUGUGUAGCUGUGAUGUUGAGUUGAGGACUGGUUUAGUCCCUGUUUAGCUGUGAUGUUGAGCUGAGGACUGGUUUAGUCCCUGUGUAGCUGUGAUGUUGAGUUGAGGACUGGUUUAGUCCCUGUUUAGCUGUGAUGUUGAGUUGAGGACUGGUUUAGUCCCUGUGUAGCUGUGAUGUUGAGUUGAGGACUGGUUUAGUCCCUGUUUAGCUGUGAUGUUGAGUUGAGGACUGGUUUAGUCCCUGUUUAGCUGUGAUGUUGAGCUGGGGACUGGUUUAGUCCCUGUUUAGUUGUGAUGUUGAGUUGAGGACUGGUUUAGUCCCUCUCCCUGUUGUUAUCUGUAUUGCUGCUCUAUGGGUAGGAUGGUCAUUAAAAGGAAGCUUUGUCAGUGCUGCUUUUCCUCCUCCUCCUCGCAUUACUUGGUGGGUUCUGUGUUCUAGCAGCGGGUUGUACCAUCUUGCUUAAGAGGGGAGGUUCGCUAGUAAAGGUUUCACCUCCACAGCUGCUGUCGGCUAUUAGGGCGAUGUUUCCAUAGCCGGUGCACCCAGUUCAUCAAACAAUGCAGUUGAUGUGGGUGAGAUAAUGUAUUUGUGAAUCUGGCAGGAUUUCGGUGAAGAGUCGUAGCGCAUCCUCCCCCGUGCACGGAGUGGUGUGUUCCGGUCUGGGUGUGGCGGAUUUCGGGGUUGUGUGAUACGAGCUGCAGGGAGGCCGCUCCUUCUAACGGGAUCCGGGACACCGAGCCGGGGGCAGACACGGACACCGAGCAGGGGGGAGAGACACCGAGACCGAGCCGGGGAGAGAGAGACGGAGAGCGAGCCGGGGCCGCACGACAGGAGCGUGGGUAAUCCAUAGCGCCUGCUGUGUGUAUCCCCAGCCCGGCUUCAUCCACCCCUCCAUCCCCUCCCCUGAUAACAUCCUGCAUCCUGGCCACACCACCGGCCCUCCGCUAGCCCCGAGCUGCUGGAAGCAUCCCCCGCCAGCCAUUCCUCACCAUCAUCACCACAUCACUGACUGCAUUCAUCUCAUUCAGGGUGCAGCAGCCACCCAUAGUGACUGAGCUCCUCCCAGCCCAGGCCUUCACCACCCCAUCAUUCACACCAUCAUCACCUCCUCAGCCUUCACCACUCCCAUCAUUAACCAUCAUCACCUCCUCAGCCUUCACCACCCCAUCAUUCACCAUCAUCACCUCCUCAGCCUUCACCACCCCAUAAUCACCUCAUCAGCCUUCAUCACCUUCUCACCCCAUCAUUCACCAUCAUCACCUCCUCAGCCUUCACCACUCCAUCAUUCACCAUCAUCACCUCCUCAGCCUUCACCACUCCAUCAUUCACCAUCAUCACCUCCUCAGCCUUCACCACCCCAUCAUUCACCAUCAUCACCUCCUCAGCCUUCACCACCCCAUCAUUCACCAUCAUCACCUCCUCAGCCUUCACCACCCCAUCAUCACCUCCUCAGCCUUCACCACCCCAUCAUUCACCAUCAUCACCUCCUCAGCCUUCACCACCCCAUAAUCACCUCAUCAGCCUUCAUCACCUUCUCACCCCAUCAUUCACCAUCAUCACCUCCUCAGCCUUCACCACUCCAUCAUUCACCAUCAUCACCUCCUCAGCCUUCACCACUCCAUCAUUCACCAUCAUCACCUCCUCAGCCUUCACCACCCCAUCAUUCACCAUCAUCACCUCCUCAGCCUUCACCACCCCAUCAUUCACCAUCAUCACCUCCUCAGCCUUCACCACCCCAUCAUUCACCAUCAUCACCUCCUCAGCCUUCACCACCCCAUCAUUCACCAUCAUCCCCUCCUCAGCCUUCACCACCCCAUCACCACCUCCUCAGCCUGCACCACCCCAAAAUCACAAUCAUCACCUCCUCAGCCUGCACCACCCCAAAAUCACCAUCAUCACCUCCUCAGCCUUCACCACCCCAUCAUUCACCAUCAUCACCUCCUCAGCCUUCCUCACCCCAUCAUCUCACCAUCAUCACCUCCUCAGCCUUCCUCACCCCAUCAUCUCACCAUCAUCACUUCCUCAGCCUUCCUCACCCCAUCAUCUCACCAUCAUCACUCCCUCAGCCUUCCUCACCCCAUCAUCUCACCAUCAUCACUCCCUCAGCCUUCCUCACCCCAUCAUCUCGCCAUCAUCACCCCCUCAGCCUUCCUCACCCCAUCAUCUCACCAUCAUCACCCCCUCAGCCUUCCUCACCCCAUCAUUCACCAUCAUCACCUCCUCAGCCUUCCUCAUCCCAUCAUCACCUCCUCACCCCAUCAUCUCACCAUCAUCACAUCCUCACCCCAUCAUCACUUGCUCACCCCUUCAUCGCAUCAUAAUCACCUCAUCAGUCUUCCUCACCCCAUCACCUCACAAUAAUCAUCUCCUCUCACCAUCAUCCCUUCCUCAGCCUUCCUCACACAAUCAAUUCCUCAGCCUUCCUCACCCCAUAAUAAUCGCUUCCUCACCCCAUCAUCUCACCAUAAUCAUAUAAUCACCUGCACAGCCUUCCUUGACAUUAGCCAAUCCCCUCACCAUGGCCUUCCUAGCCAUCACUCCAUCUCACUUACAUCACCUUAUAUAAAAACACCCUAUAAUCUCACUACUGCCUUCCUAGUCAUAACCCAAUCACCCCUGUUCAUGACAGACAUCACCCUGGCCUUACAAACCAUCAUCUGAUCAUCUCUAACCUGACCUUUCUAGCUUUAUACCAGCAUCUCAAGCCAGCCUUCCUUGCUUUUAGCUAUCAUCCCAACCUAAGUUUUCCUAGCUGUCUGCUAUCAUCUCACAUGGCUUUAUUAGUUGUCAUCUAACCCUUGGCUUUCCUAGACUACACCCCAUCAUCUCACCCCGGGCCUUGUUAGCCCCCUCAUCGUUGACACUGACCUUGCCAGCUGUCUCUCCUGUCAUUGACCCUGGGCCUGGCCAGCUGUCCCCCUGUCAUUGACCCUGGGCCUGGCCAGCUGUCCCCCUGUCAUUGACCCUGGGCCUGGCCAGCUGUCCCCCUGUCAUUGACAACUUGGCCUGGCCAGCCGUCCCCCCUGUCACUGACAACUGGGCCCGGCCAGCCUCCCCCACUGUCAUUGACAACUGGGCCCGGCCAGCCUCGCCCACUGUCAUUGACAACUGGGCCCGGCCAGCCUCGCCCACUGUCAUUGACAACUGGGCCCGGCCAGCCUCGCCCACUGUCAUUGACAACUGGGCCCGGCCAGCCUCGCCCACUGUCAUUGACAACUGGGCUCGGCCAGCCGUCCCCCCCCUGUCACUGACAACUGGGGCCGGCCAGCCGUCCCCCCUGUCACUGACAACUGGGCCCGGCCAGCCGUCGUCCCCCCCUGCCACUGACAACAAGGCCCGGCCAGCCGUCGUCCCCCCCUGUCACUGACAACAGGGCCCGGCCAGCCGUCCCCCCUGUCACUGACAACUGGGCCCGGCCAGCCUUCGCCCCUGUCAUUGACCGCGGACCUGGCCAGCCCAGCCAUCGCCCCUGCUAUUGACCCCGGACCUGACCAGCUGUCACCAGUCAUUUCAACAGCCUUGCACUUCUAGCUAUCAUAUCAAAGCUGGCCUUUAUAGCAGUCACCCCAUCAUCUCAAUCCCUGGUUUUCCCAGCCACCACCUUGACCUCCAGCCUUCCUAGUAUCACACCAUCAGCUCACUUCUGGCCUUCAUAUUCAUUAGCUCACCUUGCCCUCUUACUGUGCCUUUAUUCCAGCAUCCCAAUAUCAGUCCCCAUCAUCUUAAGUAUGUUUUUAAAAUCAAAUUUUCCUCUAUUCUAUUUCCUGUGAACCAUUGUUAUGACCACCUUCCUGCCCCUGUUUGACUGCCUCCUAGACCCUCUUGUUAUCCUGAAAAACUGAGCCAUGUCAGUUCACCAUUACAACACUACAUGUUUAUAAUUGUGCUUGUCAUUUUAUUGUUCGUGUUUAGCACAUGACUGCACAAAAUUGUUGCACUCUUGCAGUUAUGUUUGAUUGCUUUUAUUAUAAGCUUAAGGUAAAGUGCUGCCUGUUAUCAUUGCUGUGUGUGAUGGGCACUGCAUACACGUGUUUUAAAUAACUUUUUUUUCAUUGGGGUUAUAUCUAAAAACUGCUUGCAGGAAUCUGCAUUGCUCUUGUUUGCUGCCUUCGCAAGCCUUCCACUUCUAACCCUGACCAGACUUUCUGUGGCUACCCAAUCACAGGCUUCCCAAUGCAGCUCAAUGAAAAGUAUUUGCAAGGCAGGAGCUCUGAGCAAUUUCUGCUUUUUGAGUUUAGCUCCACUGAGCUUUCCAAACCUGGGAGUACCAGCACCUGUUGUCUGUUUGAAAGCAAAGGGGGUGUAACCAGAUUAGUUAAGUGUUCUUGCAUAGCAAGACCACUUAAUGUUUUCUCACAUAUAUAUUAUUGUUGUUAUAGCCAAAUUUACCACCCUAACUCCUCCCACAGUUCUUACACUACAUAGACGGUAAUAUACCGAAACGUGCGGAUUGUUCCCGAUUGGAUUGCUAUUACUUUGUGGAACAUUUCGCCGAAUGGUUCACGGAAUAUCGUUGUUCUUGUGGCGAAAUUGGUCCCAUAGGAAUGAAUGGCAAAAUGUUCAAAACUAGAGUGGGAGCUGGCAAAAGCUGAAAAAUCAGGACAUGAUUUCUAAACUGCCACCACUCCCUCAUUUUCAAGCCCAUCUACACAAAUCUUAUAUCAAAACGUUCAGCUAUCCCUGCUGCCACAGCUAAGCCAUAGUCCUGAUAGUUUUCGCAAUAUGACCAUUUGUUUGCAACUCACGCCGUCCAUUGACAUUCAUUGAAACUCCACUCUAGCCAGCUCAAACUUAAAGGGCAAUUUCUAAACUGUGACUGUGCCUUCGUUAAUAUUUCAGAGACAUACUAUGCAUCGAAAUGUAGGUCUGGGUCUUGUGAUUCUCACAAUAUAAAGCUCUUCGCUGUAGGAUUUUUAGUUUUUAAAAUACGACCAUUUGAAGAUGGCAACCGCCAAAAUACUCUGACCUGUGCCAGGCUGGAGCAGCAAGUGAUGUCAUAGACACGGUCUUUUGUACACCUGCUAAUGUUUUUAUAAAUGUAUGUUUUAAUUUAACUGUGAAGCACUUUGGGCAACAACGUUGCAAUUAAAUGUGCUAUAUAAAUAAAUAAUAGUUACUCCGCCCACUUCAGUUGCAGACUACUGGUGGAGGCAAGAACACUUCACACAAUUUCCCCAGAAAUUGUAGCUUUUCUAGUUUCUAUUGCAAUCUGUACUUUUUGCAAAAUAGAAAAAAAGAAAACACAUUCUUCACAAAUAAAACAUUUCAGCAAGCUUAAGUGCUUUAAGGGUCUUGAGUGUCCUAUUUAAAGUCAUACUACGUGAAUAUUAUAGUCACCAGAACAUCUACAGCUUAAUGUAGUUGUUCUGGUGAGUAUAAUCAUUAUAUGCAAGCAUUUUCAUGCAAACACUGCUUUUUCAGAGAAAAUGCACUGUUUACAUUGCACCUAAGGACAUCUCCAGAUGGCCACUGAAGGGCUUCCUGGAUCAGUGCUGCACAGUAGGCAGCUUUGCCGUUCAGCGUCCCCAUGCUGUGCAUGGGAAUCCUGAAUUUUCCUCAUAGAGAUGCAUUGAUUCAAUGCAUCUCUAUCCCAUUGUACAGUGCUACAGAAUUUGCUGACACUAUAUAAAUAAUAAAAUGAUAAUAAUAAUGAGGUGCCGAUUGGUCAAAAUGGCAUUUGGGCCCGCUCCCUUGCCGAUUUUAGCCAACUGGCUAAAAAUCAGCAAUUCUGAUGAUGUCACCAAGCUAGCAGGGCCAGUGCCAGUGGACCCGCACAUUGCUGGAAAUAAGGUGAGUUUUUCAUGCUUUUAAGGAAGGUAAGGGAGUGGCAAGCCACCUUAAUGGUGGGCUUAGCACAAUUGGGUUAGGAAUACAUGUUUGUGUUCCUGACCCCAUAGUAUUCCUUUAAUGAUUGAAAUUUGAAAGCAGUACAGUAUCUUUUUCUCAGUGAGUUUUAUCCCACUGGUCUUGGGCAAUCAUUCGUGACCUCAUAGCCUCAUUCAGCUAUCCCUGACCUCUGGCCUCAACAGUCCUACCUAUCCUUAGCUCUAGUUGAAGUAGUAACUCUUCUUAGCCCUUGACUGAAGCCUACCUGUCCUUAUCUUGUUUCCCAUUGUUUUCCUCACCCUUGUUGAUUAUUAGACCAAUUUAGUUUCUUUUUAAAUAUCGUGAAGUCAUUUCCUUCAUUAUUAUGGGCCAUUUUCAUUCCUUAAAGGACCACUCUAGGCACCCAGACCACUUCAGCUUAAUGAAGUGGUCUGGGUUCCAGGUCCAGCUAGGAUUAACCCAUUCUUUUAUAAACAUAGCAGUUUCAGAGAAACUGCUAUGUUUAUGAAUGGGUUAAGCCUUCCCCCAAAGCCUCUAGCGGCUGUCUCAUUGACAGCCGCUAGAGGCGCUUGCGUGCUUCUCACUUUGAUUUUCACAGUGAGAGCACGCCAGCGUCCAUAGGAAAGCAUUAUGAAUGCUUUCCUAUGCGACCGGCUGAAUGCGCGCGCAGCUCUUGCCGCGCGUGUGCAUUCAGCCGACGGGGAGGAACGGAGGAGAGCUCCCCGCCCAGCACUGAAAAAAGGUAAGUUUUUUUUUUUUUUUUUUUUUUUCCAGAGCCAGGCGGGAGGGGGACGCUGAGGGUGGGGGCACCCUCAGGGCACUAUAGUGCCAGAAAACGAGUAUGUUUUCCUGGCACUAUAGCGGUCCUUUAAUUCACUGAUCUAAAUUAUAGAAUGAUAAGUUUAUAUUUCUGUCCUUUUUAUUUAUUUUUGUUUUUAUUCACUAUAUUUUGUGAAUGAAGAUAGACAUAUUUGAUAUCUUAUCGUAGUAUGGUACAAAGUGUGCCUGACCUUAAAGGGAUACACCAAGCAAUAAAGAGACUUUAGCUUAAAUGGACACUCCAGAUCCCUAAAGCACUUUAGCUUGCUGAAAAGCUAUAUGUGUAGAGUAUGUAUUUUUUUUUUCAUUUCACAUGCAUAGAGCACCUGCCUUACAAAAACUUCUUAUUGCACUGUGUUGGGAAGUCUGUGAUUGAACAGUCACAUAAAAUCUGGGCGCGGUUAGAAGAGGAGGGGUUGCAAAGGCAGCAGACAAAGGAUCUGCUGUUUUUGCAAGCUGUUUUUAGGUAAAAUUAAAAAAAAUGCACAAUUAAAUGCAUGCAAGUUUUAGUCUGGGGUAUAUCUAGUAAACAGAAUUUUUUUUAUUUAUUUUGUAUUUGGGCAUUGUAGUGUCCCCCUAAUGAAACAGUGUUGGUGUAUACACCAUGCUCCUGCUCAAUCUAUUUUUUAGGAGUUUAACCACUUUGUUUAUGCAGAACUAGCCACACCUCCCCUGGCCGUGACUGGCACAGCCAUCAUGAAAAACAAGGUUUCACUAUUAGAACAUAGUGUGUCUUAGUAAAGGACUUCUUAUCUCCUGUUCUAUUAAUGGCACUUUGAUAACACACGGGAGGCUCUAGCAUGCCAUUUACAGAGCAGGAGAUUUCAAGUCAAACAUACGGUGCAAUAUGUGGGGGGCCAUGAUGUAUACCACUUCAAUAAGUAAAAGUUGUUUUGGUUCUUAGAAUAUCACUUGGCAGGUUUAAUAUUAAAAUUUGAAUCAAAACAUCUUGUUAUCUUAUUUAUAUUAAUGUUUGUUUUUUUUCUCUUUUGCAACAUACCUAAAUUUAAUUUUAUAUAAUUAUGUUAAUUACUAAAGCUUUAGGUUUGUAUGUUAAUACUACAUUCCACAGAGCUGCAUGAAAUAUAAAUAAAUUAUAAAAAAUAUAUAUCAUUUUUUUUUUUUAAAUAGCUUCACAACAAUUUUUGCCUAUUAUUGGAUACAUAUUUUGUUAUCUAGAAGGACACAUGACAUGUGUGACAUGUCAUGAUUCCCUUUUAUUCCAGAAGUUUGGUCCUUAAGGGGUUAUGCUUUCCAUUUUAGUUCUUCAUGAUCAUUUUCCAGAUACCAAGCACAUGUCCUCUUGACUCUUUUACUACAACUGUAUUAUUUACAAUGUGUGUUUAUCCAAGCCAAAUUCCCACUCUGUUUUACUUCUUUUGCUUGCUGCAAAACACACAGUUGUUGCAGAGUGUGCUUCAGUCUCACUGUAGAAUUCAUGUAUAUUCUCCAAAUAAUUUUACUCUGAAGGUUAAUUACAAAGACUGUUAAUUUGAAAUGCUCCUAACAUAUGGGGUGUAUCGAGAGACUUUACAUAUUUAUCUCAAAUAUAGUAUGGCACAUAGUAAAUAAUGGCAAUUUAUUUAAAAUUAGCUGUUAGAAAUUCUGAUGAAUGAUUAAAUCCUACCUACCAACAAACAUGGAUUCCAGUGGCACAAUCUCUGCAGACACUAUUAAAGGGCCCCUCCGGGCACCAUAACAAUACCAUCUCAAUUCAAUUGUUGAGAUGCCAGGAGGUCCCAGGUGCCGUCAUACCUUGAGGGUUUAAACAAUUUAUAAACAGUUUAAACUCAAUUUUGUGGAGAUAGCACACUUUUGCCCUGUUUAGCUCCUACUGCUGCUGGUCUGAGGCUUCAAUCAGAAAGCCUUGGGCUGGGCACUGCUGAUAGGCUGAAAGUGUCAGGUUCCAAAUUCCGGUCACACCCACUAGGUUUAAUGUAGUGGAAGAUAUUGUGUUUUAACAUACAUAAACUGCUAAUUUCAUCCGUUACCUCGUGUGUCCAAUUCGUCUAUUUGCAAAUACUUGCCUGUUAGUCAGCACUGCAGAAUUUGUUGGCGCUUUAUAAAUAAUAAUAAUAAUCCGAAGAAACGAUAUGUACGGUAAUGUCUGGAAAUAUUUGGACACUGACAAAAAUGUUAUUAUUUUGUGUGUUUACCAAAAUAAAUUAAAGGAUCACUAUAGGGUCAGGAACACAAACAUGUAUUCCUGACCCUUUAGUGAAAAUCCACCAUUUAGGUGGCUUGCCCCCCCCUCUUAGCCCCCUCAGAAUGGGUUAAAACUCACCUUAUUUUUAGCUCUUCUCAGGUCUGCCAGCACUGGUCCUGCCCCCUUGGUGACAUCAUCAGAAUUGCCAUUUUUUAGCCAAUCCAAUGCUUUCCCAUAGGGAAAGCAUUGGAUUGGCUAAAAUCGACAAGGAGACGGGGCCAAAUGCUGUGUUGGCCAAUCAGCACCUCAUCAUAGAGAUGCAUUGAAUCAAGAUAUCUCUAUGAGGAAAAUUCAGCCAGAUUAGACUUUGCCCCAAAAAACAUCUAAAAAAAGCCAGCACAGUUCUGGAGCAACACUCUUUGGACAGAUAACGCCAAGAUCAAACUCUGCCAGAAUGAUGGGAAGAAAAAAAUGGGGAGAAGACUUCGGUUCAUGAUCCGAAGCAUACCAUCAUGGUGGAGGCAAUGUGAUGGCAUCGGCAAACACGGCUUCUAAUAGUACUGGGUCACUAAUGUUUAUUGAUGAUGUGACAGAAGACUGAAGCACCCAGAUGAAUUCUGAAGUGGAAAGGGAUAUGUUGUCUGCUUAGAUUCGGCCAAUGUCAGCGAAAUUGAUUGGACGACGGUUCACUUUACGAAUAGACAAUGACCCAAAACAUACUGUAAAAGCAAGGACUUUUUAAGCUAAAAAAGUGGAAUAUUCUGCAAUUGCCAAGUCAAUCACCUGAUCUCAACCCGUUCGAGCUUGCAUUUCACUUGUUGAAGACAAAACUUAUAGAGACACUAUAGACACCCAGACCACUUCAGCUCUUUGAAGUGGGCUGGGUGCAGUGUCCCAGGUCCAUUAACGCUGCAGUGGUAAAUAUUGCAGUUUUUAAUAAACUGCAAUAAUUAUCUGUUAGCGUUAACUCUCUCUAGUGGCUGGGUACCCAUGGUGGAAGUGCUAAUGCGAGCCGGCUGACGUUGGCAGGGGAGAGGCAAAGCGCUGAAGGACAUUCACGCUGGAAUCAGGUGAGUGACAUAAGGUUUUUUUAACCCCUUCUGCAAUUCAUGGGAAGGGAGGGUUUGAUGAUAUCCAUGCAUUUCAGACAUUAAGCAGUCAUUGCUUGCAAAGGAUUCUCAACAAAGUAUUAAAAAUGUAAAUUUUAUUUAUGAUUGUUAAUUUGUCCAAUUACAUUUCAGCCCUUGAAAUAAGAGUACUGUGUAUGAAAAAGGUUGCAAUUCCUAAACAUUUCAUACAAUAUGUUUGUUCAACACCACAAAUUAAAGUUGAAAGUGCUAAAAGUAUGCACUUCAAUUGCAUCUUGGCUGUUUCAUUUCAAAUCUGUUGUGGUGGCGUACAGAGCCCAAUUUCUGAAAAUUGUGUCCGUUUCCAAAUAUUUCCAGACCUAACAGUAUUUCAUGUGUUUAGAAUAAAACUGUCCCCAUCAGAUAUGUUAGGUCGUGUCUAUAUAGCAUAUAGAUUGUAAUUUUUAGUCUCCAUUUUCAGAUGGAAAUUGCCUAUAAAGGUACAUUUUUGUUUUGUGUAUACCAUUCCUGGUGGAUCUGAAAAUGUACCUUAAUGUGUACCUCUCAUCAAAUGUAUGAUGAGAAUCCCCUCAAAUAGAAAUCCUAUGGUGAAUUUAGCAUCUAUUAUGUUGUAAUGCGUUAUUGAGAUAAUGUAUAUGGUACUCUUCUGCCUGUUCCUCUUUUGCAAAUCCUCCUUCAUUGGCUUUUCAGUGACAUUCUUUUAAACCAGGAAAUGGUUGAGAAAUCUUCCCAUACCAGUAGCCCUCAAGGGUUUAAUAAUCUAAAAAAAAAUGAAAGAAAACUAAAAUGAUUUAUUUUCAUAGUUAACAGGUUGCAAGUGAAAAUAGAAAUAAAUAUGUAAUACAUUAUAACAGGCAAUCCGCUAUAUUCCCAACUGUAGUUUUAUAUAAAUCCACAACACUCUGUGAACAAAAACAUGAUUUGCCAAACUGAGCGACUUUUAUUUUCUCUGCACCAGGUUGCAUCAAUGCUUAUUGCUUACAUCUCCCAAUAGAAACACGUGGGGGAGUUUUAAAUAGACACUAUAGUCACCAGAACAACUACAGCUUAUUGUAUUUGUUUAGGUGAGUAGAAUCAGUUCCUUCAGGCCUUUUGCAGUAAACACUAUCUUUUUUCAGAAUAAAAAGCAGUGUUUACAUUACAUGCUAGGGAUCCACUGGCCACUCAACAGAUGGCUAUUAGAGGUAUAUCCUGGGGCAGUGCUGGGACACAGUGUUCCGCACUUACAUUCAGUGUCUCCUCCCUCUGCAUGCAGACACUGAACUUUCCUCAUAGAGAUUCAUCGAUUCAGUGCAUUUCUAUGAAGAGAUUGACCAGGGCUCUCUUUGGCUGGUGCUGGUUGUGUCCUUGAUCUGCCACCUUGACAAUCUUAGCCAAUCCAGUUCUUUUCUAUGGGAAAGCAUUGUGAUUGCCUGAAAUCACCACUUCUGAUAAUGGUAGCAAAGGAGGCAGAUCAGUGGCAGAGCCAGCAGCAAACUGGAAUAAAGGUAAGAUUUUACUAUAUUUAGGGUGGCAAGGGGCGACAGGGAUAGAUGUUGUUUUAACCCUAUAGGGCCAGGAAUAGAUUUCACUUUUUCCUAGGGGUUUGAAAAGAGAUGGUGCUGUGGAGCAGACAUUUGCAUAUUAUUCUUAUUAGUACUAUGCGUACUAUUUAUAUUUUGUAAAAAAAAUAUAUAUAAUAAAAGAAAGGUAACCGUUUUUGCAGCUUUUUAUGUUGGGUACAUUAUUGCAGUCAUAUAAUUUUGCAGGGUUAUUCACUAAAGUGAGAAUUCAAAAUGAAUUUCAAAUGGAAGUUCAAAAUAGUCAAACUUGAAAAAUUCUCCAAGUCGUGCUAUGCUUUCAGUUUGGCUACUCGGGCCUUAAAUUUAAAAUUUAGUUUGAAUUUUCACUUUAGUUAGUAACCCAGUGAGUGUCUUUUUAAAGUAACUUAAUGUAGUUGCUUUGGUGAGUAUAGCCAGUGUAUAGUCCUUACAUUAAAACCUAUAGACACCCCUAGCCACUACUCAGACGGCCACUGGAGUUGCUUCCUGGGUCCGUGCUGCACACUGUGCAACACUUUUGCUCAGCGUCUCCAUGCUCUGCCUGGAGAUGCUGAACAUUUCCCAUAGAUAUACACUGAUUCAAUGCAUCUUUAUGAUUAAAGGGACACUAUAGUCACCAGAACAUCUACAUCUUAUUGAAUUUGUUCUGGUGAGUAGAAUCAUUACCUUCAGGCUUUUUGCUGUAAACACUGUCUUUUCAGAGAAAAUGCAGUGUUUACAUUACAGCCUAGUAAUAACUUCACUGGCCACUCCUCAGAUAGCUGUUAGAGAUCCUUCCUUGGUCAUGGCUGCCUAAAAUGCAUCCAAACAUUCAGUAUCUUCUCCCUCUGCAUGCAGACAUUGAACUUUCCUCAUAGAGAUUCAUUGAUUCAAUUCAUCUCUAUGAAGAGAUGCUGAUUCAUCAGGGCUGUGUUUGAAUCAUGCUGGCUCUGCCCCUGAUCUGCCUCCUUGUCAGUCUCAGCCAAUCCUAUGGGGAAGCAUUGUGAUUGGAUCAGGCCACCACUUCUGAUGAUGUCAGCAGACAGCUUGUUUUUUCUGAGACAAACCGCAUGCAGAUCUACAGCUUCAGGCUUGAGUGCAGUAAGAUUUUGCUAUAUUUAUGGAGGCAUGAGGGGCCCAGGGGAGCUAGAUGGUGGUUUUAACUCUAUAGGGUCAGGAAUACGUUUGUGUUCCUGACACUAAAGUGAUCAUUUAAUGUUGAUUGGCCAGGGCGGCAUUUGGCUCAGCCUCUGACCCGCCAACUUUGCUCAGAUCAUCAAUUCUGGAAAAAGGUGAAUAAAUCACCUUUCUAACCCAAGGUAAAGGGGCCGUAAACCUAAACGUUGGUUUGGGAACUAUAUUGUCUGGAAUACACGUUUGUGUUCCUAAAACUAUAGUGCCCCUUUAAGACUAAUGAAGUUUAAAAAAAAAAAAAAAAAGGUGUUUCUUAUGUGAUAUAUAUUAGUUUAAUAAAGCAGUUGUUGUGUAUACAGUCUCACUGCUCAGUUAUCUGUCAUUUAGGAGUUUAAUAAUUUUGUUUAUACAGCCCUAGUCACAUUUUCCAUGCAUUUGACUCACACGGCCUUCCUAAUCACUUCAUGUGAAGAGUCCUCUAAUAUUUACACUUCCUUCAUUGCAAAUUCUUUUUAAAGGGACACUGUAGCCACCCAGACCACUUCAGCUAACUGUAGUCUGGGUGCUGUGACACUUUUGCACUUAGUGCUGCAAUGUAAACUCCAAAUGGACUUUUGUUUUAUCUUUAUUUAGGGACCUCUAGUGUCAGAUUUCCCUAAUAGGAAAGCAUUGAAUAAUAGGUCUCCCCCGCCGGCUGAUGUCGGUGGGGGAGGAGCGUGGGCAGAGCCUGACCUAGCACUGAGGGACAUCGCCGCUGGAUUCAGGUAAGUGGCUGAAGGGGUUUUAACACCUUCAGCGCCACGGAAGGGGUGGACCUAUUAAUCCUAUAGUGCCAGGAGAACGGCUUUGUUUUCCUUCCUCCAUAGGAUCCCUUUUAUUUAUAAUUGAUCUCCUGCUCACGUAACAGAUUGCUAGACCCUGCAUGAGCCUCCUGUGUGUGAAUAAAACGCUUAAUUUACAGAAUAGAAGAUACAAAACUUUUUAAAGUAAGUAACAUCUGAUUGAAAAUGGAAACCAAAUUCUUUUUCUUCAUGCUAGCUGUGUCUGUCGCAGCCUUGGGAGGUGUGGCAAGGGCUGCAUAAACAGAAAUAAAUUAUUUAAAUCCUAAAUGGCAGAGAAUGGAGUAGUGAAACUUCAGAGGCAUGAUCUAUACACCAAAACUGCUCUGGUGACUAUAUUGUCCCUUUAAAGGGACACUCCAGGCACCCAGACCACUUCUGCCCAUUGGAGUGGUCUGGGUGCCAACUCCCACUACCUUAACCCUGCAAGUGUAAUUCUGGCAGUUUUCAUAAACUGCAAUAAUUACCUUGCAGGGUUAACUCCUACUCUAGUAGCUGUCUACUAGACAGCCACUAGAGGGCAAUUCCGUGUUUAUAGCACAUGAAAAGUUAUGCUAUGUGGGGACCUCCAGCGUCCCUGAAAUCCCCAUAGGAAAGCAUUGAAAGCAUUUUUCAAUGCUUUCCUAUGGGGAGGUCUAAUAAGCAUUAGGUCUCCUCCGCCGGCGGCCGCCCAUGCUCAAUAGAUCUCCCCCGCCAGAUGACGUCGGUGGGGGAGGAGUGUGGGUGGACCGAGGGACAUCGGUGCUGGAUACAGGUUAGUCACUGAAGGGGUUUUAACCCCUUCAGCAAAUGGGAUGGGAUGGGGUGGGAGGGAGAGGGGACCUGCAGUUCCUGUCACUGGAGAGUCCCUUUAAUUAACUUUUAUAAAUGCUUUAUCAGGUUUGUCAAAGAACCUUUACUGCAUUCCAUAAACUGCAUCUCCUAACAGUUGGAGGCCUAGAAUUGGCAAACAAGAGAAAUUCACAAGUGGUUAUCUGUUUUAUUUUUUAUUACAUUAUCUGCACCUCCAUACAAUUAAUAAGGGCUAUUUCAUAUUGGAAUAUUCCUUUAAAUGAUAUGCUUUCCAGAAGUUUGUCAUGACAUUACCUAAUUUUCGGGUGUAACUGGUGCACAGAGUAUAGAAACAACUCUGGAUACUAUUGGAAUGAUUUGGUAGCUGUUUAAGAGGUUGAUUGGAAUAUAUUUAGCAUUGCAAUUUUUUUAUGAGAAUCACUGAGAUACUAUGAACAUUUUAAAAUUACUUUUUGCUUUUGCCCAUCUGUUGUAAUGUCUCAUCUGUUUGCCUUUGCUUUUUAGCAGUAGAUCUGCUAAGGAUUGCCAAUAAAGACACAACACAUUUUGAUGCUUUUUCUUUUUAUAACUAUAGGUCAGGCCUGAGCAGAACUGUCUCUUAUGAUUUGUGCAAUGAGGUUGCAUAAGAGUCCAGAAGUAGUUUAUGGAUCCCAAAUUAAGCAGGGGUCCUCAACCCGCGGUCCGGCGCCGGUUCACCGGAAUUUAUUGCCGGUCCAUGAAAGCUUUUACCCGACUAUAUUGUCGGGUGAAAGCUUUUGUAGACCUGCUAUAAAUUGCCGCAAGAUAUUUCCCCAGUGCUAUGAUCUUAUAAUCAUAGCACCGCGGUUACCGUAGCAAUGCUCCGAAUCUCGCGAGCGUUAACUCCACCAGGGCUUCUCCACCGGACCACCAGGGAUUGCAGGAAAUGUCCCCUCUCUCAGGCAAAGGAAAGAAGGGGGGUAUCAAAAUUACUAUUUUCCUUUUAAUUAAAAAUAUAUAUAUAUAAUUUAUUUAAUUUUUUUUUUUUUAAAUCUACCCUCCAACCCCACAGACCCACAAUCUCCCCUAUACACACACACUGCCCCCACAUACGCGGGCACACACACUGCCCCCCCUUACGCGCACACACACUGCCUCCCUCACACAUCCUAUUCGGCUUUACUUCUGGCUGACGCCGGUCCGCGAAAUAUUUCUCCUCUUUUCGCUGCCCCCCUGGAUGCUAAAAGGUUGCAGAACACUGCUCUAUAGAUCUCCUUUCACAUACAUAAUAAAUUGCCUUGGGCCAUAGGUAUCCAUUGCACAAUAGAUUAAAGCAAAUACUUAAGUUGGGCAGUACACUUAGGCUUCUUUGCCAGUACAUUGGUAUCCAAACAGAAUGAAAUCUGUCACGCUGUUCAUAUUUGCACACUGGGGGGGUAGUCACAGCAACUACAGUGCCUGUCCUGUAGUUGAAAUGACCAAGAGAUGGAAAACUAUUUGUAAGAGUGUUUGCCUUGUUUCUUCUGUAAUUGUUGUUGGCUUAGAUGACUGUGCUGAGAAGUGACUAACACGAGAUUAUCUUUAUCAUAUCUUUAUUUGGCUUUUUGUUUAAAGAACUGCCACUUGUGAGGUUUUUUUCACAUCUAAAAGUCAGCUAUAGAUGCACCCGACAAGAAUGUUUAAGUAGCUGCAAAAGUGCACCUCAACAUGCCUUUAGCAGUUUUUUUUGCCAGUGUUGAAAAAGGAUCUAUGGAAGAUCCCUUUAAAUGUCUGUAGAAUCUUUUAUAAAUAGCGGUUAUUAGAAAAAAAUUGUAUUAUUCCAAAACAAGCAACACAGAGAUUAUGCAAGUGCACAAAUUUAUUUGUGGGUGGAAUGAGGUUCUGAUAGAGCCCUGGUCUUCUGACCAUCUAGAAAUACAUAGAACCAUUCACGUGCAGAAGAAGGUGUCCCUCUAGGUUUAACACAAAGUGAAGCAAAAGUGUUUGUUAUAUUAAAGAAACCUUUGAAGCAGAGCCAAUUUCUUCCCAUUUACAGUACAGAGAGGAACAUAAUACCUUCUUUUUAGUGAGACCAGCCAUGAGCCUCUGCUAUCAGACACCCGGACCUUCUCAUAACAAACAUGAUCCCCUUCCUGCCUCCUCUUAAGAGUAUAUAGAAUGCCUUGAUAGGCAGUGAGUAACCCAAUCAUCUGCAACAAGCGUAUGUAGAAUGAUGAUUGAUCACACUAGCCUUGGAGCCUAUAACUGCUGCAUAGGUGGCAAUCCAGUGACCUCACCUCACUGUCCAUACUACACACCAGGACAUUUUUUAUAAGCGUCUCAAAAUAAUAAGAUGGCUAUCAACCUGUUUUCAAUAAUGAAUCCCAAUAAAGACUGUAUAAGCAGCCUUGUUUUUAAAACAAAAGCAAAGAUCACCUAAACUCUUUCAAUUUAAAGGAUCACUCUAGGCACGCAGACCACUUCAGCUUAAUGAAGUGGUCUGGGUGCCAGGUCCAGCUAGGGUUAACCCAUUUUUUCAUAAACAUAGCAGUUUCAGAGAAAUUGCUAUGUUUAUGAAUGGGUUAAGCCUUCCCCCUAAUCCUCUAGUGGCUGUCUCAUUGACAGCCACUAGAGGCGCUUGCGUGCUUCUCACUGUGAUUUUCACAGUGAGAGCACGCCAGCGUCCAUAGGAAAGCAUUAUGAAUGCUUUCCUAUAUGACCGGCUGAAUGCGCGCGCAGCUCUUGCCGCGCGUGCGCAUUCAGACGACGGGGAGGAGAAGAGGAGGAUCAGAGGAGGAGAGCUCCCUGCCCAGCGCUGGAAAAAGGUAAGUUUUACCCCCUUUCCCCUUUCCAGAGCCGGGUGGGAGGGCGACCCUGAGGGUGGGGGCACCCUCAGGGCACUAUAGUGCCAGGAAAACGAGUGUUUUCCUGGCACUAUAGUGGUCCUUUAAGUGUGCAGUAUCUAGUCAGCGUUUACCAUAGUAAAAUUUACAUUUUGAUAUUGUGUGCAUGACAUGUUAUAGGAGCUUACAACUACAGCCACAGAAAAUACAUUUUGACUUAUUACCUUUUAUGAUAGGUAUAUAGCCUUACUAUAUGGUUUAGAAAAGUGAAAUGUUUUAAACAAAAGCAAUAUAUAUUUAAAGGAGCACUACAGUGUUUGACUAUAUCCCUAACAUGAGGGCUUGACAAAUUUGCUUGGAAUCUAGGAGCCAGCUAGAAAAAGUUAGAAGCCAGAUUUUUCAAGGUUUAAAAUACAAUUCUUAAAGGGACACUAUGGUCACCAGAACCACUACAGCUUAAUGACGUUGUUCUGAAGUCUAUAUCCUGUCCCUGCAUGCUUUUCAAUGUAAACACUGACUUUUAAGACAAAAGGCAGAGUUUACAUUACUGCCUGGUAACACCUUUAGUGACAGUCACUCAGACAGCCACUAGAGGUGCUUCCUGGGUCAGUGCUGCACAGUGUUCAGCACCUACGUUAAUGCUGCCCAUAGGGAUGCAAUGAUUCAAGUGAUUCUCUAUGAGGAGAAGUUGAUUGGGGCAGCAUGAUGUUUUGUCGUGCAUUUGCAAUAGUCUCCCAAUGCUUUCCUAUGGAGAAACAUUGGAUUGGCUGAAAUUCUCAAGAUUGAUGAUCUCAGCCAUGCAGGUGGAGCCAGCGGCGGCAUCACGACCACAGCAUGAAAAAAAAUAAAAUGUGAGUAAAAACACCCUUUCCAUGUGAUUGGACAGGAGCAGGUGACCUAAACAUACACGCACACUAAUUGGAUACACACACUUACUUACAGAUUUAAAACACACGCACACUGCUACUGCUGUAUUUACACUCUCUCACAAAUUAUUACUUUUUUUUUUUUUUUUAAUCCACCCAGCUUCCCUACCAUUUGGGAUAGCUGGAGUGGGACAGCUUUGCCUGGGGUCCAGCUGGGCUGCUUUCAUCAUCCAGCUCUGUUUCCUAGAGCAUUGUUUAGUGAUGCCGGGGCUGGAGUACCAUCAGCUGCCUGCCUCCAAUUUUAGGCAGCCGGUCACCUCAGGGGCUGAACGGGCUCACAUAGUCCUCACAGUCCUUAUGUCCAGCAUCAUUUUAUGGAGGUAAACCAUGUGAAGCAGCCGGAAGCACCUCUAGUGGCUAUCUACAACAGUCACUAGAGGUGGAGUUAGUCCUGCAAUGUAAUUAUUGCAGUUUUUGAGAAACUGCAGUGUUUUACAUUCCAGGGUUAAUUACAUAGGGACACUGCACCCAGACCACUUCACUGAGAUGAAGUAGUCUGUGUGCCUAUAGUGUCAGUAUAAGUAGUAUUACAAGAUCAACCAUGUUUUCAGGGACACUUACUACGUGUACAUAUUGAUGGGCAGCACAUGAAAAGCUGUAUAAAAUUAACUAAUUAGGCCAUGAACAAUCCUGCAGAAUAUGCAUUAUACAUACUGCAGGCAAUCCUUUUCAUACAUUUUCAUAAAUUUUAUGGGUCCCUGAAAACAUGGUGGAUCUACCUAUAAAUGCUCUUUGGAGUUCUGACAGACCCUUUACUUAUGUCAGCACACAAUUGGGGUACUGUUUUCUAAGUGUCACUUUGGUUGUCUCUUAAUAUGAUGUUUAGGGUUAUUUAGUGAUAUAGCAUUGGAUAGUUGUAUGUAAAAAAAAAAAAAGGAGUUCAUUAUUGAAGGACCAUUAAAGUCACCCAGUUGUCCUGCAGUUUUAACUUUUCGUAAAAACAUUGCCUUUUUGCAGUAAAACGCAGUCAUGUGAUGUUGCCGCUUAUAGGAAAGCAUUGGAAUCAGUACUUUACUAUAAGAAGCAUUGGUUGCGCGCAUGCCCUCAAAUAUAAAUCUAGAUCUCAGAUUACAUGUGGGGUCCUCCAUUCCUUUUAUAUUGGUUUAUGUAUGCUGUACUGUCUAUUGUAAACGAUUGUACAAAACUGCAAAAUAUGUUGGAAAAUUAUAAAUGCCAGUAAUAGUUUUAGCUAUGGUGUUCCUUUAAUUUCUAAGAUGUGCUAAAUGAUCUUUGGUUUAACCCCUUAAGGACACAUGACAUGUGUGACCUGUCAUGAUUCCCUUUUAUUCCAGAGGUUUGGUCCUUAAGGGGUUAAGCUUCUGGUGCUUUAGAUUUAUUUAUUUUUUUGCAUAAACUUUUUAAAAAUGUUUUAAAGGAAUACUAUAGAGUCAGGAAUACAAACGUGUAAUCCUGACCCGAUAGUGCUAAAACCAUUAUCUAGACCCCCUGACCCCCUCUUGCCUCCCUAAAUAUAGUAAAAUCUUACUUGUAUUCAAGUUUGAAGCUGCUGGAUCUGCCCCUGUCUGGCUCUGAAACUGAUUGCUGUCUGUUGACCUCAUCAGAAGUGGUGGUCUGAGCCAAUCACAAUGCUUCCCCAUAGGAAUGGCUGAGACUGUCAAACAUCCCUGGCCAACCAGCAUCUCCUCCUAUAGAUGAAUUGAAUCAAUAGCAGAAGGUGGAAAAACUGAAUGGCUGUGCUGCUCACUGUGCAGCGCUGCUCCCUGGAAGCACCUCUAGCAGCCAUCUGAGGAGUGGCCAGUGGCGUUAUCACUAGGCUGUAAUGUAAAUAACUUGCUUCUGCUCAUUAUUAUUGCAGAAUUGAUCUCACUCAUCCAUUUCCUUGCAUUAUUUGUAGCAUCAUAAUAUCUGUAUAUCCUCUCACUAGACUUGCUUCUAAGCACAUCAUUAAGAGAAGCAUCCUAACAGAUUUGAGUGUUUUUUGAUCAUAUGUUUCUAUCUUAGUCACUUCCGCAGCCAGCAGUGGACUUUUGCAAGAAUGUGUUAGACUAAGAUUUAUUUUUCUUCUACUACGACUUACACACCCAGUAUUGCCUAAUGUGCACUUUUCCUGCUACUUCUGUUUUUGUUUAGCCUGACAUACCCAACUGGAUUGUGUGUGUAAGGGUGCUUUCUGUGUGUUCCUCUCUGUUAGAUGAAAUUGUGCAAAUGUGUGCAUCAUGCCUAGUUGUCCUGUAAACCUUCGCUUUCAGAAAACACUCCUAAAGCAUGUGUAUGUCAUUGAUAACAUCCACCAUUCAAUUUGCAUGUGGCUAUCUCCAACUUCCAAAAAGGAGUGAGGGUCCCAGUCUCCCAUUUAAAAACUAAUAAAUAAACAAACAAACAAACAAACAAAAAAAACUCUUUUACCAAACAAGUAUACAUCAAACUAUAUGUUGUUAUGGGGAGGUACAAGCUGCAUUCUACAUGCCAGUGGACCACUGCAAUGUGUGUGUGUGUGAGACAGAGAGAGAGAAUAGGUAGUAAGAUUUAUUCAUUUUUGUUUAUUUUAUAGAGAAUAAGUUUUUGAAAAGCAAAUAAAAUAACAUAAAAAUAACAAUAUGCAUUUUUUUUACAUUUUAAUUUGAAGUUAGAGGUAGGAGGUUGCAUAACAGAUAAUUUGUUUCUUUCAGAUACAUUGUUUUUCAAAGAAUGCAAAUUAUUUUAUUUCUUAUAUUUAAAUAAGAGCAACCGUUCUUUGUCCACAAAUGGUGCAGAAGAAGGAAAUUCAGUUUGUUGUAGAUUUUAGUUAAUCAACUGACAAGAAUAUGGAAAAUAAAUUCAGCAUUUAAAAAAAAAAAAAAGGGGGGACACUCCAGGCACCAAACAAUUUUAAUCUAACUAAAGUCGUUAUAUUGCCAGGAGGCCUCUGGAAGCACUUUUACCUCAAAGUUGUCCUAGUGCCCAGAAUGUCACUUUAACAAGCUCACUAUUCCUUUAAAUUUUCUUGUCACCCCAAUAUUGCCAUCCAGGUUGGAUAAAAUUGGUAUUGAUUAUGUAGAAUUAAAGAUGCACUGAAAAGCUUUGUGUGAAGAGUGUCAUUUUUUUCAAUUUGUAGAAAGUGCAGAUUUCAAUACAAUUUCACAGUCUUAUAAUUUAACCUAGUUACGCAUCCAACACCCCCCACCCCACGUACUGUACCAUUGCCGUUAGGCUGAGCUUAUAGUGAUUAAGAUGCUUAGUGUCCCCUUUAUGCUCUACAAUGGAUUUAAUUAUGACGACCACAUUUGUGGAUCUAUAUAUUUAUGUGGUUUCAUUAUUUAUAUUAAAUUAUCUUACUGAAUUCUCUAGGAGCAGCGUUUUAUUGAGAACAGAGUUUGACUCCGCUCUUAAAGCGGAAGGAUCUCUUUGGUGCUGUCAGAAAGACCGCCACUAGUGGUGUGUUAACCCUGCAAUGGAAACAUUGCAGGCAUAAAACUACAGGGUCUUGGCACCCAGACCUUUUCAUUGAGAUGAAGUGGUCUGGGUGCCCUUAGAGCUCCUUUAAUUUCAAAUAGCUUUGUUACAUAAAAACUUACUUUGCAUGUAUCAAUUUUUAAAAUGUUCAACCGAUACCCAUGUAAAGGAAAGCUUUGCUUUAAAGCAGAGGUAGGCAACCUACGGCACUAGUGCCAUGCAUGGCACUCUACGUGUCUUUGCACGGUACUCAAGGCUGCUAGAGCCAAACAGGCUCUGGCCUAUCAGGAGUCCCAGUAAAACUUCAAAUAUCUGCUAAUAUGAAAAGAUGGUAAAGGACAAUCCUCAAUUUAAGCAUUGCAGCACAUAGAGGAAAUGAUCUCAGAUCACUUCCUCCAAGCACUUGUGAAUGGGAAUCCACAAUGUAGUAGAGCAGCCUGCAGCUGCUGUUGCAGCUCCUGUCUUUGACCUGUACCAGGCCAGCCCGGUCCCCACUGGAACCCAGGGAAGCCAACCAUACUGCUAGAUAUACACAGAUAUUGUGGAUCAAACCAAGUGUGUAUCUGCUCCUUUCCAAAUUGUUAAAAUAAAUGCGUGCACGCUCUGAAGUAAAUUACACUGAGACACAGGUAUCAGGUUAAUGAAAAACUUCAGAAUGUUUACUCAGGGGGCGGCAAGCCCCUUAUAAAGGCAAAAAUACAUCAUAUGCAAAAAUGUAGAUAACAGAGAGGAUACAUCUUUAAUUGGUUAGGUGUUAAGUGUCUUAUCUAAUGCACACCCUACGAGGCGUAAUGUCACCAUCAUCCCGAUAUUUUUCUCCGGAUGUAGGCGCCAUCUUGUUACACAAGGUAGUUAGUUGGUGGGAGUGGGUGCUCUAGCAGCCAUUUUGAGUAGAUAUUGAAUACAGGUAUACACAGUAAAUAGACAUUUUACUAUCACUAAUUUACAUUCAUAACACAGAAAUGAAGAAUAACCCUCCCCUUAUACAAAUAAUACUAACAGCCCACACACAUACAUGCACACAACCCCACAUGCAGCCCCCACACUCUACCAAACACACAAUGUGACAUAUCCAUCCACACACAAUUCCACAAGCAGCCCUCAUUAUAACCGCUUAUAUACGCACAAAUACAACGAUGCAAAGCAACUGCAGUAAAAAUAACACAAGCAGAAUACGGCAGCAUACACACCUCAAUUUAAAAAAAAAAAUAGGACCGGCACGCUACGGGACAUCACAAUCCUAUAUCGGCACAGUGCUGCUAAAAGGUUGCCUACCCCUGCUUUAACUCUUAAGGACACAUGACGUGUGACAUGUCAUGAUUCCCUUUUAUUCCAGAAGUUUGGUCCUUAAGGGGUUAAAGGGUACCUGUCCCUGUGUUUUGCUAGAAAAUAUUACAGAUUGCAAUAAAAAGCUAUUUAAAAAUGUAUUUCUCCCACCUGUCAAUCAGUUUUUCUAUGCCAAUGAAAUGAUUGAUAAAGAAGAGUAGACCAAACCUCCUACAGGUAAUCCUUGUACGCUUCCAAGCAUGCUCUGUGGUUGCUAUAGUAACUCCCUAGCCGGCACUGCUAGAGCUAGCUAAGGAUAUAGCAUACCUAUCAACAUUUCAAAUGGACAAAGGAUACUUUAAUUUUAGGGUGUUAUGAAAAAUGUUAGAUGACUUGAUGACAAUUUCUGCAACAAAAAUAUAAUUUAGAACAAGAACAAUGUAUUUUAUUCAUAGACUGAUUUAUAAACACAUUUAUUGUAGUUUAAAGACCUUUGCAAAAUAUUGCUGGGGAGUUCUGUUAUACACUCACACACCAACAAUAUAGAGCUCCUACAAGAGAGGGACAUUAGGAUAAAGAAGAGAGACGGGGAGAUUUGGGCCCAAAAUAGGGACUUUCCCGCUUAAAUGGGGACACUUAAGAGGUAUGGUAUAGGAACAGAGGAAUGUCAGACGCUAGCAUGCUGGCAAUUAAGUCAGUCGGUCCACAUUACAUAGUAGGUUAACCCUGCUUCAAUAUUCGCCAAGCAGGGCAAGGCAGAGGAGCACGGGUAGACUAGAGGUAGGUGUUACAAAAGUGUAACACCCAUCUCCGUAAAUUCAUAGCAGGGCGGGAACGUAGGAUGAGGUUAAUCCCUGACAGGUUUACUUAAAUGUUAUAAAGUCAUGUGGAUUAUACUGGUGAGCUCUUUUUUUCUGUUAAUGGGCAGAAGAUGGGGUGUCUCAAUUACACGAUUUGUGUUUUGGAGUGCUGGCCUUAGAGCCUUGCUAUGGUUACCUCAGUGCGAUCACGUGGCCGCAAUAGGUGCCUGUGUAUCUGCCUGCAGGGGGACUGUCUGUGCUGACAGGCAGUCUCCCUGCAAAUGAAAAAUCAAAAAUAAAGUUAAAAAAUAAAGCAAUCAGUGUCAAAAAAAAAAAGUGUGUGUGUGUGUGUGUAUAUGUAUAUAUAUAUAUAUAUAUAUAUAUAUAUAUAUGUAUAUGUGUGUGUUCUCUAAUAAAAAUAAAUAACAAAGUAAAAAUAAUAAUUAAAAAAAUUAUAUAUAUGUAAUUUUAUUCUAACAGUAUUUUGAUAUUAAUAUAUAUGUAUAUCAAAAUACACUUAGAAUGUAAUGAUAUAUAUAUAUAUCUAUGUAUAAAUAAAUAAAAAACGAAAUAUACAUAUGUCCAUAAUUUUAUUAUUUAUAAACACGUAGACGUCAAAUAUAUAAAUAUGUAUAUAUUAAAAUUCUACAUGCGUAUUUAUGUAAUAUUUUUACCUAAUUAAGUAAUUUUAAUGAUUGCAAUUUGAGGGACCUGUCUGCCAACCCAGGCCGAAAGCCCAGAGAAUUUAAUUUGCUAGCACUGUGUUUAACUCUGUAACUUUCUAUGACUCCUUAAAACCUGUACAUGGGGGGAACUGUUUUACUCGGGUGACUUCGCUGAACACAAAUAUUAGUGUAUCAGAACAGUAAAACCUAUCGCAGCGAUGAUGUUGUCAGUGAAAGUGACGUUUUUUGCAUUUUCCACAAACAAACGGCACUUUCACUGAUGAUAUUAUUGCAGUGAUACAUUUUACUGUUCUGAUACACUAAUAUUUGUGUUCAGCGAAGUCUCAUGAGUAUAACAGUACCCCACAUGUAGAGGUUUUAUAGUGUUUGUGAAAGUUACAGGGUCAAAUAUAAGGCUUGAUUUUACUUUUUUAAAUUUUUUUUAUUGGUUAGGUUGCCUUUGAGAGCGUAUGGUAGCCCAUGAAUGAGAAUUAGCCCCAUGAUGGCAUACCAUUUGCAAAAGAAGACAACCCAAGGUAUUGCAAAUGGGGUAUGUUCAGUCUUUUUUAGUAGCCACUUAGUCACAAACACUGGCCACAGUUAGCGUUUUUUGCAUUUUAACACACAAACUAAUAUAAAUGCUAGCUUUGGCUAGUGUUUGUGACUAGGUGGCUACUAAAAAAAGACUGGACAUACCCCAUUUUGAAUACCCUGGGUUGUCUACUUUAAAAAAAUAUGUACAUGUGAGGUGUGAUUAGGGGAUUUAUGACAGAUAACAGUGUUGCAAUGUCACUAUUGAAAUUGAAAUUUAAAAUAUAUAUAUAUACUGAAACAGCAAUUUCCUACUUGUAUUUAUAGGCCUAUAACUUGCAAAAAAAAAAGCAAUAAAGCAUGUAAACACUGGGUGUUUUUAACCCCUUAAGGACUGAGCCAAAUGUACACGUUGUGAACGAAACAAAAUGUAAACAAAACCUGGCAUUUGCGCUACAUGUCUGUCCAACCGUAAUUCACCUCUUUCAUAGUAAAUGCACCCACCCUUAUUAUAUAUCAUUUUAUUCAGGGGAAACAGGGCUUUCAUUUAAUAUCAAAUAUUUAGCUAUGAAACAUAAUUUAAUAUGAAAAAAAUGGGAGAAAAUAAGAAUUGUAAAAAACUUUUUAGUUCAACAUGACAUUUUAACUGUCAAUGUCAUAAUACUGUUUGCUUUUACAGCAAUAAAAUACACAUAUUUGUAUUCAGCAAAGUCUCACGUGUAAAACAGCACCCCCUAUGUACAGGUUUUAUGGUGUUUUGGGAAGUUACAGGGUCAAAUAUAGCACGUUACAUUUGAAAUUGAAAUUCGCCAGAUUGGUUAUGUUGCCUUUGGGACUUUAUAGUAGCCAGGAAUGAAAUUUACACCCAUAAUGGCAUACCAUUUGCAAUAGUAGACAACCCAAGGUAUUGCAAAUGGGGUAUGUCCAGUCUUUUUUAGUAGCCAUUUGGUCACAAACACUGGCCAAAGUUAGCGUUAGUAUUUGUUUGUGUGUGAAAAAUGCAAAAAAUGCCAAUUUUGGCCAGUGUUUGUGACUAAGUGGCUACUAAAAAAGACUGGACAUACCCCGUUUGCAAUACCUUGGGUUGUCUACUAUUGCAAAUGGUAUGCCAUCAUAGGGGUAAUUUUCAUUCUUGGGCUACCAUAGGGUCUCAAAGGCACCGUAACCAAUCUGGCGAAUUUUAAUGUGAAACAAAUGAAACGCAAGCCUUAUAUUUGACGCUGUAACUUUUGAAAACACCAUAAAACCUGUACAUGAGGGGUACUGUUGUACUCGGGAGACUUCGCUGAACACAAAUAUUUGUGUUUCAAAACAGUAAAAAGUAUCACAGCAAUAAUAUCGUCCGUGUAAGUGCUGUUUGUGCAUGAAAAAUGCAAAAAACUUCACUUUUACUGGCGAUAUCAUCGUUGUAAUACAUUUUACUGUUUUGAAACACUAAUAUUUGUGUUCAGCGAAGUCUCCCGAGUAGAACAGUACCCCCCAUGUACAGGUUUUAUGGUGUCUUGGAAAGUUAUAGGGUUAAAUAUAGUGCUAGCAAAUUAAAUUCCCUAUACUUUCGGCAUGGGUCAGGCAGGUCCCGCUAAUUGUAAUUAAGAUACCUAAUUAUGUAAAACUAUUACAUAAAUAUAUAUGUAGAAUUAAUAUAUGUGUGUGUGUGUGUGUGUGUGUGUAUAUAUAUACAUAUAUAUAUAUAUAUUGAUAUAUAUAUAUUGAUAUAUACGUAUAUAUUUAUGUAUGUAGAUAUAUAUUAUUUCGUUCUAUGUGUAUUUUGAUAUAAAUAUAUUAUCACAAUACAGUUAGAACGAAAUAACACACAUCUAUAUAUUUUUAAUUUUUUGUAAUUUUAUUUUUUUACGUAUUUACAUAUUUAAUUUUUUUAUAUUAUAUAUAAAUAUAUAACAAUAAUUAUAUAUAUAUUUAAUUAGUAUCAGUCUACGUGUAAUUUGAUAUUAAUAUAUAUAUAUAAUUAUAUAUUAAUAGUAAAAUACACCUAGACAGUGUUUGUGUGUGUGUGUAUGUAUAUGUGUAUAUAUAUAUAUAUAUAUAUAUAUAUACUUAGAUCAUUAUAUAUAGAUAAUAUAUAUAUGAUCUAAGUAUAGAUUUUUUUAUUUUUUUUUACACUAAUACAUUUUAUUUUAAUUUUAUUUUCAGCCAGCAGGGGGACCACCUGUCAUUACAGGCAGCCCCCCUGCUGGCAAUGCAGGAGGCAGCCUACCCGACCAUGUGAUUGUGGGGUCCUCGCAAGGACCCCACUCUCACAUGGCCAGGGGGCUCCGGAGGAGAAGGAUCUACCGCGGGGGGGGCUCCCUGGGAGUCCUCCCCCACCGCGAUGCCGGCGACCGGGUAAGUUAACAAGAACCGGAGGACGUACAAUUACGCCCGGCGGCGUUUAGAGCCGCCUAAAAUAGGGCAUAAUUGUACGUCCUCCUGUCUAAAGGGGUUAAACUUGGGACAAAAUUUUGAAUCUAUUUAGCAGUUUUUUUUCAUUAGCUUUUGUAGAUAAGUAAAAUAUCUUUCAAGUAAAAGUCCAAAAACGUUUUUUUUUUUUUUCAAUUUUUCACCAUAUUUUAUUAUUUUUUUAAAAUAAAAUAUAUGACAUGAUACAAAUAAUGGUAUGUAAAGAAAGCCCUUCUUGUUCUGAAAAAAAACAAUAUAUAACUUGCAUGGGAACAGUAAAUGAGGGAGAAGAAAAUUACAGCUAAACACAAACACCACAAAAGUGUCAAAACUGCUCUAGUCCUUAAUAUACAAAAACAGGCCUGUCCUUAAGGGGUUAAAGGGCUGCAACGUCCCUGUUAAACAGUACUCAUUGGGUGGCUACAAGUGCUUUGGUCAAAUCACGGCGAAACACCAGUUUUUGUUCUUAAUAACACUUAUUGAGAAACACUGGUAACAAAUGUGACUUUUUAUUAACCUAUUGUAUACAGCUGCAGAAUAUGUUGAAGCGUAAUAAAUAUGUUUUUAGUAGCACUUUCUUAUGCAACCACAGGGAGGCCUAGAAUGACAAACUCCAGGCACUAUUUCCUUUCUGUGUUCUCUUUAUAGUCUAUUUUAGUAAGUGGUAGUGGGAGCCAACGCAUAUUGUUGGAAGACUUUGCAAGAUAUGCUUUUGGAUAGCUGCAUUACUGGGAGAUUUCCUGUGUUACAGCUUUCGCGUUCUUUGGUAUUCUGUAGCAUUAGCCUUUAGGUGUUUGUUUAUGUAUUUAUAUUAUAUUGUAUUUUAGUGUGUCUAUAUAUACAUGAUCAUUGUAAAUCUCCCAGGCUAAAUGUAACCAAGAGCAUUUUUACACUUUUCAUUUAACUGUUUGGAUGAUCAUUGUAAUAGAGAACAGUAGCAUAAUACAAAUAUGGGAUGUUUACAGUAGUCGGAUACAUGUGGUCUGUGAAUUUCCCCAAAGUAAGACAAAAAUCAAUGAAUUAGAUACUUUGACAUAGGUUUGUGACAAAAUAACUAAAUGAAGUGUCAAAAUGCUCUUAGUUACAUAGCCUUGGAGAUGUACUUUCUACAUAUAUACACUUUUGUGAAUACUAAUUGUAUGACAUGUCUGCUAAGAAAUACUGUUCAGAAGUACAUAGUGAGUUUGAUACCUGGCAUGUAUACACAUCAAGGAAUCACUGGGGACUUUCAUACUACAGUGAAUGAGGAUAGGAGUCUCUCCCCACCUUUGAAUGUUACCAAAUAUAUGGAACUAAACCCCUAGGGACAAAUACCCCUUUCAUAUUAAGUGCUCCCACACCUAUUAUAUAUCAUUUUGUUCAACAGAAACAGAGCUUUUAUUUCUCAUUACAUAUAUUUAUGUAUAAAACAUAAUUUAAUAUGCAUAAAAUCUAAAAAAAAAGUGUGAGAAUUUAAGAAAUUGUGUUAUUUUAUUCUGCAUGGCAUUUUAACUGUGAAUGGCAUAUUAAUGAUUGCUUUUACUGCAAUAAAAUACACAUGUGUUCAGCAGUGUCUCAUGAGUACAACAGUACCCCCCUUUGCAAUUACGGGUUUUAUGGAGUUUUGGAAAAUUACAGGGUUAAAUAUAGGGCUUUCACUUUUUCAGUUUAUACACACCUUUUCAGUUUAUACACCGUGAUUUAACUCUUAAAUGGCAUGAAACAUGAGAAGCAUGAUCUAUAAACUAAAACUGCUUCAUUAAGCUAAAGUUGUUUUGGUGACUAUAGUGUCCCUUUAAUACUUUGUUGUUUUCAAAUGUUUUUUUUUUUUUGGUUUUUUUUUGUGGACAUUCACAGACCAUGUUGUGUCCCACUACUGUAAACACCCCAUAUUUGUAUUCUGUAAAUGUUCUCCUUUAGAAUGAAAGCCCACCUUUUCCCCUAUUCACAACCAUAAUUCAACCCUAAAUCUUCCCCUACUCCAGGCGUUCCCAAUUAAUUUUUCCCAUGGAACUCUUUGACAUAGUGUAUCAACAUCGUGGAAUCCCUAACCCCUGUCCGGGAAAAGUGUGUGUGUGUGUGUGUGUGUGUGUAAACAUAUCUGACACACAGAUAAACACAUAUUGAUACAUAGUGUGUGUAUGUAUGUAUCUGUGUGUCAAGGUGUGUGUGUGUGUGAGAAUAUGUAUCUGACACACAGAUAUACACACACCUUGACACACAGAGUGUGUGUAUCUGUGUCAAAAUGUGUAUCCGUGUUUGUAUGUGACAGUGUGUGUAUCUGUGUAUCUGUGUGUGUGUGUGUGUGUGUGUAUAUAUAUGUAUUUGACAUACAGAUGCACACAGAUACACACACUCAGAUACACAUCUUAGAAACAUAGAAUGUGACGGCAGAUAAGAACCAUUCAGCCCAUCUAGUCUGCCCAAUAUUUUGAAAUACUUUUAAUUAGUCUCUGGCCUUAUCUUAACUCUAGAAUAGCCUUAUGCCUAUCCCACGCAUGCUUAAACUCCCUCACUGUGUUAACCUCUACCACUUCAGCUGGAAGGCUAUUCCAUGCAUCCACUACCCUCUCAGUAAAGUAAUACUUCCUGAUAUUAUUUUUAAACCUUUGCCCCUUUAAUUUAAGACUGUCCUGUUGUGGUAGUUUUUCUUCUUUUAAAUAUAGUCUCCUCUUUUACUGUGUUUUACUGGCAUCAUAUCCCCCCAGUCUCGUCUUUCCUCCAAGCUAUACAUGUUAAGGUCUUUUAACCUUUCCUGGUAAGUUUUAUCCUGCAAUCCAUGAAACUGCUUAGUAGCCCUUCUCUGAACUCCCUCUAAAGUAUCAAUAUCCUUCUGAAGAUUCGGUCUCCAGUACUGCGUACAAUACUCCAAGUGAGGUCUCACCAGUGUUCUGUACAAUGGCAAGAGCACUGCUCUCUUUCUACUGUUAAUACCUCUCACUAUACAACCAAGCAUUCUGCUAGCAUUUCCAGCUGCUCUAUUACAUUGUCUGCCUACCUUUACGUCAUCUGAAAUAAUUACUCGUAAAUCCCUUUCCUCAGAUGUUGAGGUUAGUGGGGUAUCAAAUAUCCUAUACUGUGCCCUUGGGUUUUUACGUCCAAGAUGCAUUAUCUUGCACUUAUCCACAUUAAAUGCCAGUUGCCACAACUCUGACAAUUUUUCUAGUUUACCUAAAUCAUUUGCCAUUUGGCUUAUCCCUCCUGGAACAUCAACCCUGCUACAUAUCUUGGUAUCAUCAGCAAAAAUACCUUACCAUCAAGAUCUCCUGCAAUAUCACUAAUAAAAAUAUCAAAGGUAAUGGGUCCAAGUACAGAUACAUGAGGUACCCCACUGGUAACUAGACCUUGCUUCGAAUAUACUCCGUUGACCACAACCCUCUGUUGCCUGUUAUUUAGCCACUGCCUAAUCCAUUCAACAAUAUUGGAAUCCAAACUUAAAGAUUGCAGUUUUCUUGAUGAGCCUUCUAUGUGGACCAGUGUCAAAAUCCUUACUGAAAUCUACGUAAGCAAUGUCUACUGCACCACCCUGAUCUAUUAUUUUAGUUACCCAAUCAAAAAAAAUCAAUAAGAUUACAUACAGUGACAUAUACACACACUUACGCACGCGCGCACGCACACAUACAAACACUCAGAUAUACACUGGCACACACAAACACACACACCAUUCUCUUUGACAGACCGACAAACACAUACAAACUCCCUAACAGACACACAUACAAUUUUCUUUUCUUUCUUUUUUUUUUUUUUUUACAUUUGACUCCACCCAGCCUCCUUACUUUUGGGAGUGCUGGCAUGGAGUCGCUAUGUCCCUGUAGUCUAGUGGGGCUGCCGAGCGGCUUGUGUGUGGUCCCUGGGGUCCAGUCGGGCUGCUGAGCGGCUGGUUUGCGGGCGGCGAGGGAGCCGUCAGCUCCCUCACGCACCUCUUAGUGAUGCCGGAGCCGGAGUGACGUCAUAUUCUGGCUCCGGAAUCACUGCUGUGCAUGCGAGUGAACUGAGCAGGGAGAUCACUGCUCCCUCGCCGCCCCGCGGCCAUUUUGUUUUUAGAAAUUUGGGCGGAACCCCAUUUUGUUCUUGCAGAAUACCAAUUGGGAAACGCUGCCCUACUCAUAAUCCUGCUCCUAAUUCAACCUCAGAGUGAUUUUAUGAGCACUCUGUACUGUAUGAUUGCAGCAUCAGAGUGAGAUCUCUCUCUCUCAUGCUGCAGCUCCAAGAACUGUGAUCGGUGCUGGGCAGCUGGCAAAGCCCAGCACAAAUCACUGGACGGAGGACACGUCAUCAUGGUCUAUUCAGACCCUCGAAGUCUCCCUGUUACUGGGGACAAUCUUAAAAUAACUGUUGCUGAGCACUGCAUAUAGCUCAUCUAUCAGCCUGACAGAGCCUCCUCUGACAAAGGGUACCUUCCAGUAUCAAAAAAUACUUGGGGCUUCCUGUUUUUAGUUUGGGGAGGCUGGGGACAAUUGCUUAGCCUCUCUAUUUUAAAAGACCAUGUGCAGCACUCCCUUAGAGCGCUACAUGUAACUUCUAUUACAGUCUGGGGCCACUAACUGUUCACCCUCUAAAUCCUUCACCUGUUGAAAGCAUUCAGAUACACUCUGAGUCAGUGAAACGGUCCAAUUAAAUGCUUCUUCUUAUGCAGUAAUUCCAAUGGGGUUGUAGAAACCAGCACAGGAGCUUAAAGGGACUCUCCAGUGCCAGGAAAACAAUCAAUUUUCCUGGCACUGCAGGUCCCCUCUCCCUCCCACCAUCCAUCCCAGGUUGCUGAAGGGGUGAAAACCCCUUCAGUAACUUACCUGAGACCCCCUGCCGAUGUCCCUUGGCGGUGGUUUCGGAGCCCCUGCUCCUCCCGCCCGCCGGCUGAGGAGGCAAUGCUGCGCAUGCGCAUUAGAGCUCUUCAUAGGAAAGCAUUGAAAAUGCUUUUCAAUGCUUUCCUAUGGGGAAUUGAGCGACGCUGGAGGUCCUCACACAGCGUGAGGAUGUCCAGCGACGCUCUAGCACAGAAAACCUGUGCUAUGAAGCAGGAAGUCCUCUCUAGUGGCUGUCUAGUAGACAACCACUAGAUGAGGCGUUAACCCUGCAAGGUAAUUAUUGCAGUUUAUGAAAACUGCAAUAAUUACAGUUGCAGGGUUAAGGGUAGUGGGAGUUGGCACCCAGACCACUAAAAUAGGCAGAAGUGGUCUGGGUGCCUGGAGUGUGCCAUUAAGCACUGGAUUUUUAGUGAAUUUAUUCUUUCAUUUUGACUUUAUAAUGGGAGAGACUCAAACAGAGAUGCCCAAUAGGGCAUGCUAAACAAAACAAAAAACAAUACACUUAAGCCCUUAAGGACCAAACUUCUGGAAUAAAAUGGAAUCAUGACAUGUCACACAUGUCAUGUGUCCUUAAUGGGUUAAAGCUUAGGAGCAACCCUUUAACCCCUUAAGGACCAAACUUCUGGAAUAAAAGGGAAUUCUUUGUUAUUGGUACAGAAACCAUAAAUAUUGAAGACAUUUUGCUGGCUUACCACUUGGAGACUGCUACCUGCUGAUUGUGAUGCUCUGAAAAUGGGCAAAAGGCCCAAGGAGUUUCAUUCCAGCAUACCUGUAGCCCAAUUUUUAUGGGGUGGCAUUUAGUAUAAAACUGCAUUCAUCUUUACAGUUAACAUGUCUAUUUUACAACAUUCAUGUUGUCACUGAAUUUGAAUGUUUCAUUUUCAUAAUAAAACAAAUAAGAAAGGUCUACUUAAAAUGCCUAAAGCUGUACUCCUCCAGCUGCCUACACGUAGUUAAAAGGAGGAGGUUCCAUAAUUUUAACUCCUUUACUCCCAUAAGGAAGCCCUCUCCAGAUUGUAGUGCAUUGCAUGCAUUUCCAGUAGUGAAGAGUUAACCAAAAUUAACUUCCUUAAUAAAGGCGUGUCGGGUGGUUUCCUGUUUUUGUACUUAAUGUCUGAUGGAGGCACCUCUCUUUCAAACACUUCCAGUGCUGCACUAGUGGAGAAACAAUAGCUGAAUGACCUCAGAUCAAGGCUGCACCCAAGAUCAUUUCCUGUUUUGCCUUCUAAUGGGGAUAGUCUUAAGUAUGUGUUAAUGUCACCCUUCUAGCCAGCCUGUAGUUAAGUAGGGGUGUUGUCAUGAUACAGCUUUAUUGACAUAUCAUUUUAGGAAUGGUAAACAUUCUCUUUUGAGAUAUGUACUUCCGAAUGCCAGCCACUCAUUAUUUAUUUCGUUUCUGUUUGGAUAAUGCUCUUUGUAUCUGUAGGCUUAAGUAAAAUAGGAGGCCUCUGGCUUUUUUUUUAAUUAAUUUUUUUGCAGUGCAUUUAAAGUAUACAAAGUAGCUGGAGGUAUCCCAACGGCAGUCCUCUAGCUGCGUAACAGAAGUGGUAUUUGCUAGACUAUGCACAAUUUUAUAUUAUAAGUGGAGUAAUAAUAACAUGCCGUGGUACAGUAUGAGUGUAUUGUGCAGGUGCUAAGCUGCAUAUGCCGAUGAAUGCAAAAGUUAUGUUUAGAGCUGACAGCGUGUGGUGUAGCAUGUGCGAGGUAAGCAAACAUUUUAUGUCCUUGCAUAGAUAGAUAGAGAUAUAUAUAUAAAAUAUAUAUAUAAUAUAUAUCGAAUGGGUGUUAGGCUAUAUAUGCAUAUGCAGGUAAGAGUGAUGUUUAGGGCUGGCAGCUUGUGAUAUAGCAUGUGUGAGAAAAAUAAGUGGUAUGAUAAGUCACUGUGGUCAAGGAUCAGCCCAAGGGUCGUACAGUCCAUCAAGCCACACCGUCUCUUUUGUGGGGGGGAGCUCGGAUCCUGGCAGAGGGUAGUCUGGUAAGUUUUCUUCAUCCGAUGCCUCUUUUCCAGUGGUUGUGAAGGCUUAUGCGUGGGUCUCUGCGUUCCGCUGUCGUGCCAGUGUGUGAAAGGAUGUCCCCCCAGGCAGGUGUGCAGGCCUGCGUUCCUUGGCCACAAACUCUGUCACCUCUGGGGCCCGAGUUUUCUCCUCUUGGGGGAGUAACGGAGGAUCUGGAGGUCAUCUGUUGCUUGCGUCUGGUUUGCCUCCGAAUGUGUGGGCAAUGCGUCCAGGUUCUCCGCCCAGUGGCCUGCAGCCCGGGAAGGCCAGGUAGAGUGUGGGUGCGUGGUCGUGGUUGCUUUGUGCCCAGAGGCUUGCCUCUCACCCCCUGCUGGCUGCGGUUCCGCUCACCUUCCUGCUUCGGUUUGGGCCACUGCCUGUCUCGCUUCUCAAGUUUGUUCCAAAAUUGCUGUAAGAGCGCCUCUAUUCUCUGCGAGAGAUCAGGCUGGUGCUUUGUAGGCAGCAUGGUCUGCUAGCGCGUCAAGCAGCUCCUCGUCAUCUUGGGUGCGUUUUGUACAGGUUUGUCCCUUUUCGUUUCGGGCUCUGGCUUGUGGUGAGGUCUUAGCUGGCUGCCCCUGAUGUCCAGUGGGGACUGGGAUAUCCCCCACUGGUCCAUAGGGGGGGGGGAUAGGAUACAGGUGUUCCGUGGGUGCCAUGCGUGGCUUUACUGUCGGGGAGAGCAGCCUCCUCUCCCUGGUGCUGGCUCGGUUAGGCCCCAUUGACUUUUGAGGGAUCCCGGGGUGUGUGUAUGUCGUGUUUUUGGGGUCAUUAGCUGCCCCCGGAAUUCUCCUACUUGCUGCUUGCCUUUCUGCAGUUUUCUGCUUUGAUUUUCGGGGUGUUUACCUCUUGAUUAGGUCGGUUUGGUUGGGAGCUGUUUCCCGGUGCGUGUGUCUCGCUCGGCAGUUAGGCUCCGCCCCGGCCUCGAGCAUUUUAAAUGUUGCUUGAUCAAAGUGGAUCGGACAUUAAACUUUUCUUACUUAAUUGUUCUUACUUAAAGCAAUAUUCGCAUAUAGAUACAAUAUUUCUAAUGUGCAAAUAAGAAUGAAUGUUUUUUUGAGACCUUCCUGAUAAUGCCAAGUGCCCACUAUGUGCAGGGUAAGUAAUGGUUAGUUAGAAAACGUUUUGCUGAACCAACUGUAAAAAUAAUUAUCGCAAGGUAUGGAUAGCUUUUAAGAUGUGGUAUAAUGGUUAGUAGGAAAUUCCUGAUGACUAUUCUUUCCUUUUUAAGUGAAAAAAAUGUAUAUUAAUUAUUCCAAAGCAUUUACUUUGUGAUGUCUGGAGUUUAACCAAGGACUCCUCUAGUGUGUGAUUUAUUUAUUUUUUUUUUAAUUUAUUUUUUUUUGAUCCAAGUUAGGCCUCUGGUCGAUGGGUCUGCCUCUAACGUGCACAAGUGGCAUGAUGAUCUCAUGCAAAAGUAUAUGGCUUUUUUUUUUUUUUAAAUCAAACUUUAUGAUCCAUUCUUCGCAAAACUGGUUUUCGUUUUUAUCUUUAACUCUGUUUUUCUUUUCAGCUUGCAAAUGCUUAAACCUUGUUGGAGUGCUAUAUUUAGAACAAAACACUACCUCCAGCAUACAUUUUGUUAAUGAACAUGACAAAAUUGGUGGUGGGCAGACUUCAGGACUCCUAUAAAUAAUAUUGCUGACAUUAUAGCUUUUUUUUUUUUUUGUUUGUUUGCUUUUUAAUCUUUUGUACAGCGCUGCAGGGUUUCAAAAUGCGGUUUACCAUGCUUUUGCUGUUAAUAUGGCACAACAGCAGUGCACUGGGAACGAGAUUGACUGACUAAAGAAGCUGGCUUUACUAUAUAAACUCUCUGUGAUGUGUGCACUUUGCAGUCUUUUUACCUACCCGAGAACGGUGUGUCCAUUCUGCGGUGGUCCAUAUUGGCAUCCAUUAAGGCAUCCACUACUAUAAAAAAAUCUUCAUUGUUUUAUAUAUAUAUAUAUAUAUAUAUAUAUAUAUAUAUAUAUAUAACACUCCUCGUGUCCUGCACUCACUGCUCCCGGUCUUGUAAUCCCUUGGUGCUAAUCCUGGCCAUAAUAUAGAAUACCUUGUAGGAAAGCACUCAAGUCUUGAUAAAAGUCCAGAUGGGACUGAAACGUUGACACUUUCUACUUGAAAUUCUUGCUGCAAUAAAGAAGCACUAUUUUUGAACCAUAUCAAGUCCUGUGAGUGCCUUCCUACAAGGUAUUAUAUAUCUCUAUCUAUCUUGACAAUGGCAUUUAGAAUAAAGAUUUGGGCAUACAUUCUAUCCAGAAAUAUCACAACAUUUGUAUUCUUAGUUCCUAAGAGUGGCAAAUCUGUGUCACUGAGUAAAAAUCACAUGUUGGUGAUGAACUUGUGACUGGUUAAUGGAAGAAUCACAUGACCAGAAGGAAACUCCUUUAUUAGCUUUUACGCUGACAGCUGCUAGAUGGUGUUUUCUUUGUGAGUACAGAGUCAGACUCUGUUCUUGAUACUCCAUAUCUGCUGGCAAAACCAGCAAGCUCACUAGCCAAUCAACAGUGGUCGGCACAAGCAGGGCUGCCACCAGAAAUUAUGGAACCCCUGAUGCAGCUCAAGGUCUGGGCCCCCGGGCCCCACCCACAUAGCCCACCCCUGAGUCAGCCCACAUGACUCUCCCCUAAAUCCACUCACAAGGCCCAUUUUGAGUCCACCCACAAGAAUGAAGUGUGUGUGUACUGAAUUUGUUUGUGUGUGUAUAGUGGCUGUAGAAUUUGUAGUGGAUGCAAAGUGCGUGAGUAAAGUGGAUACAGUGUUUAUAGUGGAUUCAGAUUGUAUGUUUGUAUAGUGGAUGAAUCGUGUGUAUAGUGAAUGCAGUGUGUGUUUGUGUAGUGGAUGUAGUGCGUAGUGAAUGCUGUUUGUGUAGGUGAUGCUGUGUGUAUUUAGUGGGUGGUGUGUGUGUGGUUGUGUAGUGGAUGAAUUUUGUCUGUUUGAUGUAUGUGUGUGGUGGAUGUGUGACAAAUGCUGCUGGGGUUUUUGGUUUUUUUUUGCUGUUGAAUUUUAAUAAUUUUUUUUUUUUUUUUUUAUGUAUUCCCCCCUCCCUGCCUUUUAACUGGUAGCCAGGGAGGGGGGGGACACUGGAUUCCCUGGUGGCUUGGUGGCUCAGCUUGUUGGGCCAGCAUAGAGGGGCCCAGCAGACUCAAUCUUCCCCCUCGUGCAGCCAGUGCUCUAUUUCUGUAGCAAGCCCAGCAUGCAUUGCGUGCCGCGGAGCGUUGUCAACCGGCGGCAAUGCUUCACAGCCGUGGCUAGCAAAAGUGCCGGAGGGGAAGGUCCGUGUGUCCUGGGCCCUGCUUGGAAGCAAAGUACUCACUAUGUAUAUAUAUAUAUAUAUAUUGAAGGGCCGGGGGCCCGGGCACGCAUUGGAUUACCUGUGCAGUCCGGGCCACCCAGGAUCCUGCAUCCUGUAUAAUCUGCAUCAGUAACUUAGUUUGUGGGAUUUGAGUUUAGCUAAUCCUUAUGUUAAAACCAUGAUUUGACAGAUCGUGAUCCAGCUUUUCAUAUUGAUUAUUCACUGAGAAGCUUCAUUUAUUUAUGAAAUAUUUUACGAGGAACAUUGACAUUUCUCUUGUUUUCAAGUGUGUCCUGCAUUAAUGCUGGUCAGAUGUCGGGCAGGUCAACUAAGAAAUGUGAUUUCAUACCAAUGGUGUCAAACUGAGUAUCUUCAGAUGAUCUUGGGCUACGACUUAAGUGAGGGAGGACUUAGUUUGCACAACUGUUCAAUAGGGAGAAUCAAACCACUGAUUAAACAGCUUGUAUUGCUUAUGACAAUAAAUGUAAUUUCUCCCUCACCUGUACAUAACAUUGCAAUGUCUGAACUGUUUAUACCAUGAAAAAUUGAACAGUUUUUGCUUUUCAGAUCCGUUCUCCUUUUUUGUGGCCAAGGUGUGAAUAGUUUGAGAUUUCAGAAUGAGUGAGUUGGAGCAGUUACGGCAAGAAGCAGAACAGCUUCGGAAUCAAAUCAGAGUAAGAACUGGACUCACUACUUGUCUGGAUAACCUACCUCAGCACUCCCUAAUAAUGUGAAAGUCUUAUUUAAGCAUUAUCAGUAUGGUCAAGAUGGGGCCGCCCAUGAGUGCAAGAAUUAGCUGUAGUGGUUAGUUUGCUUAUAGCGUACUGUAAUAUGCAUGAAAUAAGUUAUCCAGGUUUAGCAUUCUACAUUGUUAAAUAUUGCAUAUAUCACAGUGUCUCAGCACUCCUUUUAUAUGUUUAAUGAGAGAACAGUAAUUGGCUGGAAUUUUAAGCCACGUCCUUGUAGCUAUUAUAUUGGGCAUCUUCAUUGAAGAGUUUUAUUUAUGUAUUAAUUUUGCCCUUUUAAAAUGUUCCCUGCAUAGUACAUUAGCAGAAUGCAGGAGGUGGUGUCAGCAGAAGCAUGGAAUGUCCCUAGAGUUCAUACCUGUUAAAACGUAGUACAGCAUUAUUUUAUUAUGUUUUAAGCAACCACAACUGUUGUUUAGCAAAUUAUUUCAGUAAAUUCUUUGGGGGCUUAAAAGCAUUCCUAUCCUACAAAGAGAUUUUCAAUAAAUGUGCUGUUGAUUGACGUUUCUGUGUUCUCUGUUAUGUUUGCUGUUUAUCUAAUAAAAAUUAUUUAAAAAAAAUAUAUAAACACUUAUGUAUUGUUUUUUGUUUUGAAUGGGUAACUGUUUUGUUUCUUCCAUAGGAUGCCCGGAAAGCAUGCAGCGACACAACACUUGUUCAGGUAUACAAUGUUUUUUCCAUUUGCAUGGAAGUCAUGUGUGAUGUUUAUGUACAUUUUCCUUUUCUCAUCAUGCCUUUAUUUCAGUACAUAGUGAGUGCAUGCUGUCUUCUUUUUCAUAUUAGAUUACCACAAGCUUGGACUCAGUAGGUCGAAUCCAAAUGCGAACACGUCGCACACUGAGGGGCCACUUAGCUAAAAUCUAUGCCAUGCAUUGGGGGUCAGAUUCCAGGUAUGUAAGUAUGGUGUCUCAUUUGCUGCCCCCUUCCUCACUCAAUGUUUUUAAUGUGGUAUUUCAAUUACUUUAGCUUAUAAUUAAUUUUAAAAAAUCUAUAAAAUCAAUUUACAUUUAGUAGCUUCAGCUACUUUCCAGUUUCCCUUUGUAGCUUCAGCUACUAUCAAGGGUAUGAUUUGCUAGUUGCUACAUCAGAUGCUUGAAAUAAUUGCAACAGUAAGCUCUAUUGAUAAUUCUUUGGCAAUUGUUUUCAGUAGGCACUGUUAAUAACCAUUUCCUUUGGUAGUCUUUCAGUGUUAGUCACUAAAGUGAGAAUUGUCUGGAAUUCAAAGUGAAUUUCAAAUUUAAAGCCAAAGUAAGUUUAGAAUUCAAAGCCAAAGUAAUGAAAGCAUAGCUGGUUUUGAAAAGUAUUCCAGUUUGGCUAUUUUGGGCUUAAAUGAAAAAAGAUUUACUUUGAAUUACUAACAAAUUCGUGAUUUUUACCAGGAACCUUUAAGCAAUAAUUAAAGUACUUGUGGUGGUUAAGUGCUGUUGGUAGAGGUUUUCUGUAAAUGCCAUAGGUAGUUAGUCAUAGCUGAUAUUUUAUCUGUAAGAUAUGGCUUGUACUUUUGGUAAUCUGUGUUACAAAAGUUUUACUAACCUGCAAAAGUAUGUCUCAUACUUUCUCCUACAGAUACUUGAUGACAAUCAUUGAAUUUAGGUUGUGUUGUGAGCUUCAUUGAGUAAACAACUUGAUUAUUUGUGUUUUAGGCUAUUAGUCAGUGCCUCUCAAGAUGGAAAAUUAAUUAUUUGGGACAGUUAUACAACAAAUAAGGUAAAGUAAAAUUAUUUUAUUUUGAUAUGUAAUGUUUUUAGUACGUAAUACUAGAAGCACCAGGUGAAACUGUGGAAAUUAACACGCUUCUGUUAGACAUAAUGGGGAGAUUUAUCAAGGCAAAGUGCUAAUUUGGGGGAGACAUUCCAUGGUUGGCACUCUGCCCUAGAAUAGCACUUAUUUUUGCUUUGAUAAAUCUUCCCCCAUGUGUUUCAUGUCAAUUAAAAGUCUCAGUAGUAUAUUGUAGUGUUGCUCUAAACCAGGCUUCCCCAAACUCUGGCCCUCCAGAUGUUGCUGAACUACAACUCCCAUGAUUCUGGAAAACCAUGAAAUGUCAAACAUUCUUUAGGUAAUUUCAAAAUUCAGGCUAGAAUAGCAGAGUUUAGCAGUUUUAAGUUUCUUUUAAAUUCAGGUGUGAAAUCCUGACAGCUCAGUUUAGUAAAUAGCUGACUCAUUUUAGUAAUAUGUUUAUUAUUCAAAUUAUUAUAUCCAGCCUUGAAUGCAUCCUAUCAACAAAGUAUUGAUUGAGCUUUUGCUAGGACACAAUUUGGCAUGCUAUAGAUUAAAAUGCACAGUAAUUAACUCACAAAAUGCAAUAACAUUAAAGGAGCACUAUAGUGCCAGGAAAACAAACUCAUUUUCCUGGCACUACAGGGUCUUUCGGUCCUCCCCCCCCACCCUCAUGGCCCCUCUCCCGCCGGGCUGAAGGGGUUAAACACUUACCUUUCUCCAGCACCAUGCUCCCUUGGCGCUGGGGAACUCUUCUCCCUCUUCUGACGUCAACUUUGAAUGCGCAUUCGCGGCAAGAGCCCCAAGCUCAUUCAAACAGUCCAUAGGAAAGCAUUUCUCAAUGCUUUCCUAUGGACGUCAGUGUCAUUUCACUGAUUUUUCACAGUGAGAAUCGCGGAAGCACCUCUAGCGGCUGUCAGGGAGACAGCCACUAGAGGCUGGGUUAACCCUCAGUGAAACAUAGCAGCUUCUUUGAAACUGCUAUGUUUACAGCUGCAGGGUUAACACUAGAUGAACCUGGCACCCAGACCACUUCAUUGAGCUGAAGUGGUCUGGAUGCCUAUAGUGGUCCUUUAAAAAGAUAAUUGAAAAGAAUCAUAUGUACAUUUAGACACAUUUGGUUCUAUAUAGGUGAGUGCCAUUCAGGUGCUAUAGUUGUGUCCAACACAUUUCUUACCUGUCUGCUUGCAAAUUACAAUAUGCUUGCCAAUAUUACAAUGUGAGAGUAGGGGGAAAAUGACCCGUGAAAAGCUGAUCACACAACCUGGAGCUCAUACUUAGAGGGAAUGGUGAAGUAUAGAAAAAUAAAAUACCACAAAGAACAAUCAGAAAUGGAAAAAUGCAUAGAUAUGUCAUGUAGUCCUAAAAGUAAAGAAAAAUAAUUAUCUGAAAAUAAGCCAGUUAGUACAAAGUGUAAUAUACUGGGAAUAAAAUAUGUGUAAAAUUCACAUAAUAAACAAAGAUCUGUAUAUGUAGUCCAAUAGAAUAGUCCCACAGUGUAGCAAAAUCAUAGCAUGUGCUAAAUAUUCUAGUAUCGCCAAACAAAAUAUGGAGGGUACAGCUAAUUAUCUACAGAAAAAAGUAGCAUAAUAAUGUAAUACAGCAAAAGGUUUAAUAAUUAUGCGCCAGAAUUUAUUGUGCACACACAAGAUGACUUUUAAAAUCACCUUAGGAUGUCUCCCCUUCGAUCGUCUGGAAUAUACCAAGAGGAAGCUGCUAUACAUUAAUUUAGGAUAAGUAACUACUCUGACUUACACACUAUUCUAUACUGGUGUAGGUUUACUUUUUGCUAUAUACUUAAUAUUCUAGUACCCUGCAGGAGCAAUCAAUAGAAGUACAGAUAAUCAUCUCAGUAAUAUAAUUCAACUUUAUAAGUAAAUUAGGUAGUGAAGCUAAUGCACAGUUAAGAUCUGCAAAACAAAAAGCAGAGGGGACACCAUGUACUCCGAUGAACCGCUCCAAUUUAUUAAGAUAAAUUAAAAACACUCAAAGUAUUAAGCAUGAAAUUGUACCUGUCAGGGAUUAAAUGUUCUGCUACCGGCUUCCUCCUCUCUGCGCCAGUCCAGAAUCCAGAGGGGUGAGCAAUUAGCAGUCAGUCUGAAACUGGUGUGCGUUCUAGGACUCGGUCUCACUGCUGUGACCUCAGUCUGGUGAACGGUGGUCCGUUGAACAGUACAACAUUUCAAACAUUGGACGUUGCGAACUCUUUGUACUUGUGGCAAACUGUAGAAACUACGAACUCCUUGCCCUGUUCUGUGUGACUUUCUAUUGGACUGUAUAUACAGAUCUAUGUUUAUUCUGUGAAUUUUACAGUUUUACCUUCUGUAGUUUUUUUGUUUUUUUUAAAUAUAAUUUUACACAUAUUUCAUACCCAUUUUUAUUCCCAGUACAUUACACUUUAGACUUGCUGGUUUAUUAUAAAAUUAUUUUUUUACUUUGUAGGUCUAUUUGUUUUGACAUUUCUUAUUCUACUGUAUUUUUGCUUCCUCAUUUCCUAGAGUUAUCAGCUGCCAGUUGUGUGAUACAUUUUUCACGGGUCAUUUUCACUUUGCUUUAUUUAUUUCAAGGUAUUGUAUGGUUACCUUCAGUCCAGUUUUACAUUGAUAUUUAGUAAGCUUUCCUCAUAUCUCCCCAUGGUUUUUUUUAUUGAAGGGUGUGUUCAAGCAAUGUUAAACAUUGACAAGUAAAUUGCAAAUUGAAGACUAAUUAGUCAAAUUGGGAACUGUAUCCAUUUCCUCUAUUUAUCCAUCUUCUCCAUGAUUUGCAAUUUCCUUGUCAGUAUUUUUACAAUAUUCAAAUUACAAGUUAAUUCUAGUUUUGGAUGCUAAAAGGGCGCAUCCAUUUUUUUUCUUAAACACUAGGUACAAAAUGAACGGAUGGCCUGGAUAUAUUUAUGAUUAUUUUUUGGAAUUAGAUUAUCGCAAAUUAAUAGCAAUAUCAAUGCAUGCUGAGGGGUGCAUUCAUUUAUUCUUAAAUACUGGGUGCAAAUGGAGUAUGUGAUCGCUACAUAUUAAGUAUCAUCCAGGAAAAAAAUAAUGUCCAUUCCAAUUUCAUUUGUUGAAGACUAAAAGCAUAAAAUAAAAUGGAAACAUUGACUAGAGGACCAACUUGAUUUUCACUUUUUUUUAUUUAUUUUAUUUACUUACACUAAUCCUGUAUUUGUUUGCUACUGAACAUGAAGUCAUUUUAUAAACAAACUAUUCACCCAUACACACAACCCUACUAUAAGGAACAAUAAAACUUAUCAAAGUAAAUGGCAGUUUAGUUGUCUUUGUUUCUAAGUUAUCAUUGUCCCAUUGUUUGUCUAAAGAUGCAUGCCAUUCCGCUGCGCUCCUCAUGGGUGAUGACUUGUGCCUAUGCACCAUCUGGAAAUUACGUUGCAUGUGGAGGAUUAGACAACAUCUGCUCCAUUUACAACUUGAAAACAAGAGAAGGCAACGUGCGAGUGAGCAGGGAACUGCCAGGGCACACAGGUGAGGCAGUGCAAUAUUGGAGAGCAAAUCAUGCACAAUAUUUUUAUUGUUCUCUCUCUCUUCCUUCUUUUUUAUUUUUUUUUUAGUGUUUCUUCUUCUUAGUCAUGACAAAAGAAAAACUGAGAGCCUAAUUUACCACCAUGAGCAAGUGUGAAUUCACCUAAUUACAAUAACAAGUCAAGUAAUUGGGGGGGGGGUAAAAUUAUGCGUGUUUAAUACUUCAUAUUAUCCUUUGCAGAAUUGCUCGAUGCUUUAGUGUUAAUCAUAAGAUUGCCUGUUUUUCAUCAGAGUUGGCCACUGCAGUGAGUGAGUCGGAACCUCUAUAGUAAUGCCAUAUAAACAGACUCGUCGCUACGAACAUAUAUCAAAAACAUGUUUUUAAUUGCCACUUGUUGGCUAAAGUGAAUUUGCAUGAUUGCUAUGCAUAGCUUGCUCAGACUGUUCAAGGCAGUCUCCUACACUUGCAGGAGCUGGUCAUGAGCACAUAUACACACACAGACACUCCAGAAUUCCAUGCCCGGCUCACAGCCCAGUUACUGCAAGGGAAGGAAACAGACUUAAAUGGCAGAAGAGUGCUUGAAGGGAUCAGUGGGGAGGUUAGACUUCCCCUUUUGGUGUUGAUGUGAAGGAGGGAGAGCUUGGGUGAUGGAGCUUAAGAUACAAUGUCAAAACAGAUGAUUUAAAAGCUUAGGAUUCCUAGCACCACAAUUGAUACACAGAGGUUUUGUGGUUGGAUAUAGAUGUUAAAAAAUAAUUAAAUAAAAUGUGAUUAUCUAUGUAGAUAGAUAUAUAUAUAUAUAGUUUUGUUUAUUUAUUUAGACGUUUUUCAUGAAACAUUUCCAAAUACAUUUGAAUGACGUAUUGCCAAUUCUUUUUCUUGUUUUUGUCAGGAUACUUGUCAUGCUGUCGCUUCCUAGAUGACAACCAGAUUGUAACAAGCUCAGGAGAUACAACUUGGUAAAUAUACUUUUAUUAUCACUUUCCAGAGUAGAUCUGAUACCAAAUUACACCCUUCAUCAAAAUACACCUCUGAUUUGUACUCUCAGACCUUUCCUUCAUAUUUGUCAUGCCUGACAUUUUCACUUUGUGAAAAGUCGUAAAUCUUUAUGUAUUUAUUUUAGAUAUAUCUAUAGAUAUAUAGAUAAUAUGUAUAUAUGUAAAAAAACAGAUACAAUUCGUAUCUUGUAAUACAUUUUUUAUUGGAAUUAAAGAAUUUUUUAAUGACAAGCUUUCGGGAGAACCUCCCUUUCUCAAGUCUAACGCAUUUCUCAGCAAGCCGACACAUAGUAUUCAAAGUUGAGUUGUGAGUGCAGAUAAGACACAGGAAUGUUAGAAAAUAGACACCAUUCUUGCAGAGGGUCAUAACUAUCUUUCUGAAGAUCAGAGUGAGUGGGAAGAGGGAGAAAAAAAACGUGCAGAAGAUGGUACACUUUAUAUACACACACACAUAUAAAUGUGUAUAUGCAAACGCAUAAACACGUGAACACACAUACAUGCACAUGAACUCAUAAACACAAAUAUAAAUGCACAGUCACAUAUAUAAGCAUACAUGCAUAAGAGUAUGGGAAAGCAUAGGUCUACACAUAGCACUUAUGAAGCCAAUGAUUUGUGGUUCCUGAAAUAAUCCUUCUUCUCACUUCGGAACCCACUUCUACUUCAAUAUUCAGUUUUGUGUGUUUAGUGCACUGUUAAUUAUUCCUCAUUAUGGCCAGUAAUAACUCCAUUAGAUAUACACUGGUCCAUUACACUGAAAUUAUUGAUAAUGGGCGAUCUCUUAUAUGUGUAGAUUUGAGAAUACAAUUUGUAUGUAAACAAAUUAGUGUCCUGGAUAUUUGUAGUAGACAUCAUGUUUGCAGUUUGCAGGAGUGGGGAUGUGAGAUGGUUUCAUUGUGCCUAUUAGUAUUUUAGUAAACAUCACAUAACAUUGGUUACCUCUCUUCACACUGUGGAGAUUGAAUAAUGACUAGUCCUGUAUGCCCUGACAUCCUCUUAGUCACUUAAUGGAUGCCAGUACAAAUAAAAGCACAAAGUGUCCCUCAGCACUCACAAACGCGAGUGUAAAUGGUUGAGACCCUGAAUAGUUAGCAUUUUGCCCCUUCGUUAAACCUUGCCUUAUUGCCAGUUUGCAGGAAAAACUUGUAUUGCUAUUGGUUAUUUAUUUCUAAAAUAUUUUACUAGGAAGGAUACAUGUUUUCCUCAUUUUCAAGUAUGUCCUGGGUCCACAAAACAUUGCAUCGUUACAAUAGGGUACAAUAUUACAAAAAAAUACUGUGUGUGUGUGUGUGUGUGUGUAUGUAUGUGUAUGUGUAUGUAUAUAUAUAUAUAUAUGUAUAUGUGUUAGGAAAAGCACUCCAGGGACUUAAUUUAAAGGGUGAAAAAUAAACUAAACUUUUAUUCCGCAACUGCCACGAGUGAUCAAUGUUUCAGUCCUAUGUCAGGACUUUCGUUAUAAUAUAACACACAUAUAGUGUUCCAUCCAUCCAUUAUAUACUGAGAACAUGAAAAAUGUAUUUAUUCUAAAUUGCUCAGUGUCUACAUUAGAACUUGUAUAUGUGUAUAAAUUAAAUUCCCUUCUUAUAUAAUUGUAUUUUAAACGGUAUGUUGGAAAUGAAUAAUACAUGCAAUGUCAAAUAACAUGUAAGUCAAUGACAACUGUUGGGUGGACGAUCCUAUAUCAAAGUCUGCAUUCCCAUUUUCUACAUAUGCAUCCUACUUAUGUUUUCAAAGGUUUUGUGAAGAAUUAAGAGGAAUGAUUACAUGACUUUACUAAUUUAGUUAUUUUAUUACAAUAUAUUUAUGGUCAUUAUCAAUAAUCCAGUAAUUGAAACAUUUGUUCUAGUCUUUAAAACAAGCUUACAGCAGUCUGGACCCUGAAUGGAGUGCCACUGGGCACUAUAUACAGUUAUAUUUAUUAUCUUAAAACCGUCCUGGUUAAUCUGAUAAACAUAGUGGUCUUUUCUUGUCUUGCAUUCUGCCCCUUGCCUUCUCUGGUUUCUGUGUCAAUAAACUGUUAAAAGGACACUAUGCACUGCAGCAACUGCUUCAAUUCAUUGAAGUAGUAUUGGUAUCUGGAAUCAUCUGCCUCCAGCUUCCAUGCAGUAUUAAACCAUCUUGAUUAGUUUAACGCUUAACAGCAAUCCUAAUAAAAAGUAUUAGCCUGGUUGGUGAUAAUUGGCUGAGUCUCAGCUGACCACUUUCAGCUUAUCAUUGCUGCCCAUUGUGUUCUGAAUUGGCAUGACUAAUGAAAUGUUUAAUGUCUGCUUUAGCCAAACCUCCAGUUGGGAUCAGGUUGUUGGCAGCUCGUGAUUCCUAUUUAGUGUUGAAUCUGAUUGAAACGAUUUAACAUUGAAUGGAGGAACAGCACAAAGGGACUCCAAGCACUAUGACCAAGUCAAUGAGAUUACAUAGCUAUAGUGCCUGUUGUGCUUCUUUAAGGGAAUACAACAUCUCAAUUCAGAAUCCUUUUUAGUAAUAUAUUAUAUGGAUUACAUUAUGCUUGAUCAUUGAACCUUAUUAAUUACAAAAGUUUGUGAAUUUUAAAACAUUUUUAGUUCACAAAAGAGAAAGCUUGUUGAUAUAGUUUCAUUGUAACUGUUCAUUUCCAUAAAUAAUUUUAGAUGACUAUAAUAAACAAACACUUGCUGUGCAAAAUCGUUGAACUGCAGUCCUCCAGAUGUCUUACUGCAGCUUCCAACAUGAAUGAACUGCAGUUCCAUAGCUAUGUCUUGGGCUUUGCAUAAGUACAUUAUUAAUAUAUGCUGAAUUUUUUUUCCCUUUCUGUACAGUGCUCUAUGGGACAUAGAAACUGGACAGCAGACCACAACCUUCACAGGACACACUGGAGAUGUGAUGAGUUUGUCUCUUAGCCCUGACAUGAGAACUUUUGUUUCCGGUGCUUGCGAUGCUUCUUCUAAACUGUGGGAUAUCCGCGAUGGCAUGUGCAGGCAGUCUUUCACUGGACAUGUGUCCGAUAUCAAUGCAGUAUGCGUAAGUAUGAAGUAUUUAUGUGGAAGUUAUUACUGUGUGAUAAGCAUGUUUUUGAUGUUCUUAAUUUUAGUUUAUGUUGUCAUAAGAAUCCUUAUGGAAAAACUAAAAAGUAACAGUGCUGUUGUAAGUGAAUGAAUCCCAGCACCUUAAACAAUGCUAACAAUGUACAGUUGUACUCAACUUCAAUUGAAAAUCAGGUUGUUUGUCAAAAUUUACAAACUUUCAGCUGUUUGCAAUGAGCAAAUUAAAACACAAGCCGUUGAACUAGCUCAACAAAACAAUGCUUCAAUUGGUUUCCCAAAAUUCAACUGAAAAUGAAUGACUUCUCCAGUCUCAAAAUUAUUCAACCCCCCUGAAUAGAAACCCUCUCAACAGCACACAUACGCAAAACAGGUGUUGUCUCAAGCACACCUGUUGCAACUAAUCAAGGGCUUCAUUAGUUGCAUUAGGUGUGCUUGAGCUGGAACACUUAAAAUACCUGAACGGGCUAGGGGUUUGUUGAGUGUCACGUUUUGGAAUGUUUGGAGGGACAAGAAUGACGUGUACACUGAAAAGAACACUCUGCCUACAGUUAAGCAUUGUUGUGCCUCUGUGAUGCUCUGGGGCUGCUUUGCAUCCUCUGGCAUUAAGAAACCUGCAGUGUUUGGAAGUCAAGAUGGAUUCAUUAAAGUAUCAAGAAAUCCUAGGAGAAAAUGUCAUGCCAUUUGUGAAGAAGCUGAAGUUUGGGUGUCAUUGAACCUUCCAACAAGACAAUGAUCCCAUGCAUAUCUCAGGUUCCAUCAAAGCUUGGUCGCAGAAGAAGUCCUGAAAAAUUCUGCAGUGGCCAUUACAGCCACCUGACUUGAACCCCAUAGAAAAUCUAUGGGAUUUGAAGAAGGUGGUUGUAGCACGCAAACCCAAGAAUAUUACUGAACUGGAGGCCAUUGCUCAUGAGACUCUUCAGGAACACUGCCAGAAACUGGUUUCUGGCUAUCCAUCUCGGUUGCAGCAGGUCAUAACAGCAAAAGGGUUCUACUAAGUAAUAAAUAUGCUUGCCCUGAAGGGGUUGAGUAAUUUUGAUACUGUAGAAGUCAUUAUAAGUUACACUUUCAGUUGAAUUUGGUUAACCCGCUUGAAACAUUCACUAUAUUGCUUUUGUUUAAUUUUGUUCAUUGCAAACAGCUGAAAGUCUGUAAAAAAAAAAAAAUUCUUUUUUUUUAAUUCUUUUUUUUAAUUUUUUUAAAAAAUAUUUUAUUGAAUUUUAAGACUUAAGGGGGAAAUGGGUACAGAAAAGAAAGGGAUGCAUUGUACAGACAUCACGACAGUACAACAAUGCUGGGUAUUAGAUCCCCCACCUAUCCAAAUGGGCCAAGUGUUUAUCACUCUUGCUUCUCGUGUCUUGUAUAACUUCAUAUGUCAACAGGGAAGCGUCAAGGUGUAGGGAACCUCGGUAUCAUCACCCGUAUGUCAAUGCCUCAGUCAUUUCCGUCUUUUUACAUCAUACCCAUCCUCUAGAAACUUGGGUUGGGGAAACUAGGAAAAGGUUAGGGUCAAUUAUGGGCAAGGUGUCGGUCCUUCAGUAAUAAAAGUCUAUGCUAAGGGCUCUGAGCCUCUGGGCCUUAGUGAGUUGAGUUUUGUUGUCGCCAAGUGUCCCACUGGGCCCAUGCUGCUUGCCAUGUCUCUACUUUAGGUCUUAGGCGUCUUGUUUCUAACUCAUAUUGUUUUGUGGUGUCCACCUCGUUCAAACACUGCCCAAUCUCCGGCGGAGUGUCCCUGAGCCACAUCUUUCCUAUUGCCGCUAGGGCUGCAAUGAUAAUAUGGUACAUAAGAUGUAGAGUGGCUUUGGGAAGUCUCCUCGGCAGUGCUAAAAGUAAGUAUGUCUCUGGGUUGUGAGUAAGUUUCUUGCCUGUUACUGCCUGUAUCGUGGUUGAAAUAUCCUUCCAGAACUCCACAAGUCGUGGACAGGACCACCAAAUGUGGAGCAUAGAUCCGGAUUCCGUCCGGCAUCUCCAACACAGGUUGGAUCUUUCAUGAGCUAUGUUGUGCACCCUUGUGGGGACCAUAUACAUCCUAUACAACACUUUCCUACUCAGUUCUAUGUGGGAUGCGUUGAGAGUGAGGUUUUUGUGUGCGAGGAAUAUGUCAGCCCAUUGUUUGUCUGAUAUGUUUUUGUGGAGAUCCCUCUCCCAAGCCUUCAGAAACGAUGGUCUCCAUAGUUUAUCGUAUUUCGUUAGUUGCUGAUAUAUUACAGACAGCAAUUUGGGGGAAAGUUUCGGGGCUAUGCACAAUUUCUCCAAUUCUGCUAACAAGGAGUUGCGCUGUUGUAGGACAUCUCCUUUGAGAUUCCGUCGUGCCCAAGAUUGUAAUUGCAUGUGCGAGUACUGUGCUUUCUCUGGAAGUCGAUAAGAUUGGAUUAUGGAGUUAAAAUCCAGGAUACGGCCCUCUGCUACGAUUUGAUAUAUAUAUAUGUUACCCCAUGUUUGUGCCACAACCUAUAGUCAAAGUUAGGAAUAUAAAAUUGUAAGGCUUGUAUCGGCAUAGCGAGGGAUAUGUAAGUAUCGCUUCGGUGCCUUUUAAGGAUUCUGUCCCAUAUGUAAAUCGUUGCUGCCGUGGUGGGACUAAUAUUGUUGUAUUUCGGUCUAUGCAACCAAACCAUUGUGGGCAGGGAAAGGCCCCCUAUGUGCGAGGAUUCUAUAGAGUUCCACUUCCGUGGCUUUUUAUCAAAGUAGGUAGUUACCAGUGUACUCAUCACAGCCGCCGCGUAAUACCGUGCUAUGUUUGGCAACCCCAGGCCACCUUCCCUAAAUGGUUUAUACAAAGUUUCAGCCGCUAUCCUAGGUUUCUUUCCUCCCCAGAUGAAUUGAGUUAUCACUUGUUGAGACUCUUUAAAGAAAGUACUCGGUAACCUAAUCUGCAAGGUUCGGAAAAGGUAUUGCCACCUUGGUAGGACCAUCAUUUUAAUGGCAGCUAUUCUACCCGUCCACGAGAUGUAUUUGUGUUUCCAAGCUAAGAGCUGUUGCUUAAUUGAGUUAUGCAGUUUCAGAUAGUUAGCCUUAUAUAGUUGGUUUGUUUGAGGUGUGAGAUUGACCCCUAAAAAGGUUAAGUGGGACUGUUGCCAAUCGUAAGCAUGGGUGGUUUUUAAUUCCAGGAGUUUGGAUUUGGUUAUGUUGAGGCCCAUGGCUUGCGUUUUUGUUGUGUUCAACUUAUAAUAAGAGCAAUUGCUAAAUCGUGUUAAGACAGUUUGUAGCUUGGGGAGGGAAGUCUCUCGUUGAGAUAGCGUGAGCAUUACGUCAUCUGCAAAAAGUGUAAUUUUAUGUUCCAUCCCUCCUGCUAGUAUCCCAUGAAUACCUGGUGAGUUCCGUAUAUGCUGUGCUAAAGGCUCCAGCGCUAUUAUGUAUAAGAGGGGGGAUAGUGGGCACCCUUGCCUGGACCCGUUGGAAAUGGAGAAGGGUUUGGAGGUGAAGCCCCCAUUAGAUAUUUUUGCAGUGGGGUUACUAUAAAGUGCCGAUACCAGGGUAAUAAAGCAUUCCGGGAAGGCUAGCUUCAUGAGUACGGAUUGUAGGUAGCCCCAGUGUAGCCUGUCAAAUGCUUUUUCAGCAUCCAGUGACAGUACCACACUCGGGACUCCGGUUCUCCGUAUAGUAUGGAAAAGAUUAAUCAACUUCCUGGUCCCGUCUGAGCCUUGCCUCCCCCGUAUGAACCCAACUUGAUCAUCAUUUAUCAACCUGGGCAGGAUGGACCCCAGUCCGUGUUUAAUAGCGAUAUGGGGCGUAAAUUUUGGCUUCUAUUGGGUGGUUUGCCGGGUUUUGGCAGGGUUGUUAUGUGCGCUAAGAGCAUUUCUUUAGGGAUUUCGCCGGUGAUACGUAUAUGGUUGUACAAUUUCUCUAAUUGGGGGACGAGCGUAUGGGAAAAGGUUUUGUAGUAGAGAUUCAUGAAACCAUCUGGGCCAGGGGAUUUUCCCUUAGGAAGCGAUUUAAUCGUGGUUUCAAUCUCUGAAGAUGUAAUGGGUUCUGCUAGUGAUAUCUGGUCUGGGUGUGUAAGCUGCUGUAGCUGGAUACCGUGUAGGAACAGGUCUAUUUCCGCUUGGGAUGGCUGGUGUGUGCCUGGGUUCUUUUUUAAAUUGUAAAGACCAUCAUAAUAAUCCGCCAAUUGAUCAUUAAUCGCCUGAGGGUUAUACAUCUUAUUCCCUAUGUUAUCAAGGAGAUACGGGAUUUUUGCAUUUUGUCAUUGUUGCCUUAGUAGCCUUGCCAGUGUCUUCCCCGCUCUAUUCCCUUGUGUGUAUGUCGUCUGUUUUAGUUUGUAUGCCAUGAGGGCCGUUGUCCGCAAGUGUUUAGCAUUUAAUUCCCCUCGUAGGGCCUCUAUGCGUUGUUGAGUGGAUGGCGUUGGGGUUUUGAUUUGCCUGGAGGUUUCUUCCCUUAGGGAUCUCAAAAGAUCUAUGUAUUCCUGUCUGGAUUUUUUGUUAAGAUAAGAUGUGUGACUAAUUAGCAGACCUCUGAUUACUGCCUUGUGCGCCUGCCAUUGUGUGGUGAUGGCGGUGUCUGUAGUACUAUUUAAUACAAAAAAGGCGUUUAUUUCCUCUUUUAAUUUGGCUAACAAAUCCCUGUUGGAGAGGAGAUAGUCAUUUAGGCGCCACGUGGCCGCCCCCCGCGAAGGGAAGGUAUCUUCCAGCGUCAGAUGCACCGGGGCGUGAUCCGACCAUACUAUAUUCCCUAUUUCACUUUGCGUGGCUUUGGGUAAUAGGUCCCCAAUCCUGUGGCUUUUUGUGUACUUGUGAGUAGAAGGUAAAUUCCCGACUGUUCGGAUGCUGUGCUCGCCACACGUCGUAUAGUUGGUAUUCCGACAGGAGUUUUAACAGGAGAUCUGCCUGUCUUUCCACCACUCUGUGUCUAUGUGCCUGUGCCCAAGCAGUGGUGUCCAUGCUGGCAGAUAACACAUGAUUUAAGUCCCCGCAGAUAAUCGUGGACGCUUGCACCGUAUUAGGGAGUUUAGAGAGCACCUUCCUCAGGAAGUUCCCUUGGUUGUCAUUGGGGCUAUAAAUUCCCACUAGAGUAUAGACAACUUAAUUAAUUUUACAAUGUAGUAUAAGAAAUCGACCCUGUGUAUCUUUUUUUUUUUAAAAAGAGCUCAAAUGAGAGUGAUGCGUGGAUGAGCAGGGAAACACCUCUGGAUUUAGAAGCAUAUGUGGAGUGAUAUUGCGUGGGGUAAUCUUUAGUGGCAAAGUGGGGUACCUUAUUAUGUGCGAAGUGGGUCUCUUGUAUACAGAGAAUAUCUGACUGCUGACGCUUGGCAUCCUCCAGGAGGAGCCGUCGUUUGUGCGGCGUGUUUAAGCCGCGAACAUUAAUUGUUUGUAUUUUCAUAGAUCACUUAGUGAUAUUGGACUUCUAAGUAGUAUAACAGGUACCAGUACAGCAGCACAAAGUGCCAAGGGGAUAACCCUGUAUGCUAAGUCUAGGUGUUGGGCUACCUCUUCAGCUGGAUUCCCAGGCCAGACGCCCGUCUGCGCAGGGAAGCAGUGAUGCAUGGGCCUGUGAGCCGUUGUAUUUAGUAAUAUGUUAUAGUUUGCCUGACCGACACGAGGGAAAACAAGAGGGGAAAGGGAAAACGUGAGAACUAUGUACAAAUCAUCUCCCAAGGAGACUGCAUGUGGAUCAUCCACAUCUGGGGUAUUAUGGAGAUGUUGUCUCUCCAUUAGCGUGGCUGUAUGCACCUCUAUGUAUGUGCCUACACUGCCGGCGCAGCUGACACUUCCGUUUAUGUGGUGAGCAGUAGUUUAGUGGGAUGUAGUCGGGCCCCGCCCACGUCCAUGCCCCCGGGUACAGCGCAGAUGGUUUCCGCGGCCUAAGUUUGCCUUCAGACGGUCACCCUGCCCUACUGUCUCAUCAUUUCAACCGUAUCAAACAAUUAUUGACCAAUGAUAGAUCCAUAAUAGACCCCCUCGCUCCACCUCCCGCCCCACCCCGGACCCCCGGAGCCCCCCGCCCCACCAAUGACUACCAGUCUUUCACUGUCCGACAUGUCUGCAGCCAGGCCUAGGGCAGCUGCUUCCUCUCCAGGCAGCUGGCAGUGUCCGUAUUCAGUGAUGCCGUGCUGUGGCCGAAUGCCUGACCAUAUCCACCCUCGGGGCAGUCCACAACUCCGGGGGGCCCAAACAUAGGGCAAGGGGGGAACCGGCAGGGGAACAGGAAGAGCCCCUACCUCCUUCUUCCAGCCCGGCCCGGGGGCCCCCGCAGACGGUCCCGCUCUGCGCACGCCUCGUCACGGGGGUCGGCGGGGAACCCCAGACCCGGCCUCUCUCGUGAUCACUCCCUCCCCCGCUCCAGACAUCCAGUCCGUCCCCAAGCGGAGGGGAGACGGCGCGGGGGGUUCACUCAAGGGCAGUCACUCCGCGGAGUCCCGGGCCAGAACGUGUGCUGGUCCCACAUCCCUUAAUCAGACUCUGGCUGGAUUUAAUGUUUCUUGGCGGCUUUUUUCCAUUCCGUGGUAAGUUUCCCCACGGGUUUGGCCGUUGACAUGGUCUGUGCGACUUGUAUAUUCCAGGCACUCAGUUGCUUUGCCCCCUCGUCUGGGUUUGCUAGGGCGGUGAUUCCUCCAUCUUUGGCAAUCAAUAACUUAGUGGGAAAGCCCCAUCUGUACUUAAUACCGUGCGCUCUCAGGGUAGCUGUAAUCAGAUGAAAUGCCUUCCGCUUUCUUAGUGUUGCCGCUGAUAAGUCAGCAUAUAUCUUGAUGUCAGGAUAAUCUGGCGGUGGUGUGGCCCUCAUCUUGCUGCCGCGAAGGAUGUGCUCCUUUUAUAUGAUAAUAAUGCGCCCUCAUUAGUACAUCUCUCGGCACUUCCUGGGGAAGGUGUUUGGGCUUGGGGAUGCGGUGAACUCGGUCUACCAGCAGCAUAUCUGUCGGUAUCUCCGGGGCAUGGGCAUGCAGUAGGCCCCGCACAUAUGCUGGUAGGUCUUCAGUAGUGACCUCCUCUGGGAUACCCCUCAGUCGUAAAUUAUUCCGACGAGAGCGGUCUUCCAGAUCCUCCACUUUCCCUUCAAGAGCAUCUAUCCUGGCUGCCAUGUGUUCCACAUUCGAGGCCAGAUCGUUAUGGGCCGUGGCGAACUCGUCAUAUUUGUCCUCCAUGUGAGUAGUUCGUCGUCCCAGCUCUUGUAUAUCCUUCCUCAGAGAGUCUGCCAUAUGUUGCCAUGAUGAUAUCAGCUUAGCAGACAAGCUGUCUAGUGCCAAUGCUAGAUCAGUCUUCGUAAUUUGGGCAUUUUCGGACGGAGUUAGCAGAUCUUGUAUAGAGGGCCCGCCAUCAGAAUCCAUGCCUCCAUCUAGAUUUGAGGCCUGCGCAGCCACAGACGCCAGCACUUGUUUCUGGCUGAAAAAAUUAAGCUUGUCCGGUUUCCCGGAGCUUUUUUUGCUUUUGUGGUGUGACAUUGUCGGCACUCUGUGAAAAUUGAGUAGUUACUGCUCAGGAUUGCAAUAGAUUAGGUGUUAGAUGCCGGAGCAGGAGAAUUAUGCGUCCAUCUUGCUCCGAAGCUGGCCACGCCCCCCUAAUUCUUUAUUUUAGUUGUGCAUAUGAUAAUAACAGUCGCUUGUUAGGUACCCCAAAGGCAGUCCUCUAGCGCAUGAUAAACAGUUUAAACAUUAGGGUAGACUUUGGAUCCAGCACAUUUUUGGGGGUUAAUAAUGUUAUGAUCAGUAUAUAUUUACUUUGCUUAAGCAUUUCAAAGCAUAACACGGAACAACAUCGCUUGUAUCUUUCUAGAUAGAAGGGUUUUACGCUAUGUCAUAAGCUAGUCAAACAGAAAAUAAUUAUACUAAACUUACAUGAGCAAGAGUAAAGUAACACAGUAUAUAACUAGGAGUUUGCAGGCUAUAAUCACAGAAGUAUUUGGUCACCGAUUGUUACUGAUCUAGUUCACUGCACUGUCUAGAAAAUACACUUUAGCAUCGAGAUAUGCAUGCUUGUGAGACGUGUGGUAGGUGCUAAAAUGUUUGUAUUUCAUACAUCAUGCAAUAAACGUUUAAACAUUUGUUGAUUCGCAAUGCCUCAUUGUUACUUAUAGCUAGAGUAUAAACAAGUUAGGCUAUGGCAUAUGGUAGUUGAGUGUAUUUUCGACACGCCAGGUCAUGUAUACAUAUAACUUCGAGUGUCAUAGCUAAGUACACUUUUGCUUAUAGUUAAAUAUGCAGGUCUCAUGUUAAACAUAAUAAGAGAAAAUAGUAAAAUAAAAUAAGAAAUUAGGAAGGCUUGUUACUCGUGUUAUAGACUGAAGCUUAAGGCAUAUUGGUAGUAUGACCUAUAUGUGGGGGGGGGGGAUGCUGAGAUAUGGGACUCAAAUCUUAAACAACUUAAACACUUUAGAACUCUGUUAGGCAAGUUAGUCUAAAGGGACAUUGCUUGGCUUAUUUGGCUGACAUUGACCAUUAGGGAUAGCAUACCAAAAGAGUAAACAUGCUUGCACUUAAAUCAACAAGGUUGGUACAAUAUAAGCAGGAUAGUGUCCGCUGGGGUGGGAUGGAGGUGGUGAUAAGGCAGCAGGCUAGCCCCCAAUGCGUUCCCGAAAGACAGCAGACUCCCAUAGUCGGUAUGUUCCUGGUGCCUGAAAGUGAAGCGUGGGUGGUGCUCAAAGGUCGUAUCCACAGGUCAUAAGUGGUGCUCAGAGGCAAUGUCCACAGGUCAGUAUUGCUUCUCCUGGCUGGGGUCUGUAUGCGCGUGUGGUAGUGGACUCGCCGUACUGUUCGGGCGUUCCGGCUGCGGCUCGAUUUCCCCAGACUCUGGCUCCGGACCUUAGCGAGAGCCCCCGCCUUGUGACCAUGGAGCCUUCCAGACACGGUGGUUGGCUCGGGGGCCCGCGGGUUCUCCCUGUCCCGGGUGUCCCCACGGGUGUAUGGACGGCAUGGGUUAAGCCCCUGAUGGGCUCCCAGCCCAGAAGAAUGCCAGGUAGUCAGGGCGGCAGCUUUGUACGCCUUUUUGAUGGGCGCUGCUGGUUUGGUUUUUGGUUUGGGUUUACAGACCUCCCUCAGGUUUUGCGCUGGUAGGCCCGAGUUGCUGUGUUUGGGUUGUGGCUCGGCGGCCCUCUUGGUAGCGCCAUGCUUGCUGCUUUUACGCCUCUCGCUUAUUUGUGGUGAGGCCGUCGGUUUCAUUUUAGCCUCCAGCUUGCGCCAGAAAGUGUCGAAGAGUGCUUCCAGUCUUUGCCGGGUCUCAUACUGUGGGUCUGUAGGUUCAAGGGGAAGCGUGGCGUCCGCCAUGUUGGGUGCAGCGUCUUUUUGCAUGCUUCCCUGCGCUUUUCCCCACUGUUCCCGCUCCAGUCUCGUUUUGUCUCUCAGGUGUGGACCGUGAUCACCCCCGACGGUCCAGGGGGAGGGGGGGUAACAGGGUUCCUGCUUGCGUUGUGUCAGCAUUUCUUGGCACCGGACCGGGGGAUCGGCCGCCUCUCCCGCUCCACGGUCGCCAGGCCUCAUGGUGCAAGUCGGUCUGCCAGCCGGUUUCAGAGUGAUCCCAGGCUGCAUGGUCGGUUCAGUGCCCUUUAGUGGGUCAGAUGAGACCAUUUGGGUUUCUCUUUUUUAAAGCUUUUAGGGCUGAAACGUCGUGUUUUGCCCUGUGUUCUGAGGAGCUCUGCAGUGGCACGUCUGUCUUCCAUGCUGGUCAGGCCCCGCCCCCCUGAAAGUCUGUAAAUUUUGACAAUAAACCUGGGGGUUGAAUAAUUUUUAUUACAAUUGUAAGCAGUAAUAAAACACAAAUUAAUAAGCUAUAGUUAAUUAUAUUUUAGUUGUACCUGAAUAUAAUUGUGUACUUGGUUAUAAUGUUAAAGGGACACUAUAUUCAUCCAGACCAAUUCAUCUUGAGGAAGUGAUCUUAAUUCAGUGCCCAUGUCCUUUUAACCCUUCAAUGUAAAACAUUGCCGUUUUGUAAAAACGGCACGGUUUUCUUUGCAGGGUUAAAUCCUUCCUGACAGCCACUAGAGGCUAUUAGACGGCACUGACAAAGUAAAACUCUCUCAUGUGAUGCGAAGGCCUAUAGGACACAUUGAACACAGUGCUUUCCUAUGGGGAAGUGUGGGUGGCACCUGCCGCUCAUGCACAUCCGAUCCCCAAUGCUCUACUUUGAGGAGCAUUGGGUUGGACCAUCGUGGAGGGAAUGAUACAUCCUAGAUGAUGUCACAUUAGGCAGAGAGAUGAGCAGCGCCAAAAGUCUCUGCACUGGAAAAAGGUAAGCAAAACUUCUUUUUUUUUUAUUUUAUUUUUUUAUGAUGAAUAGGGGGGAGACCUGUAUUGGAACAGGGACAGAGGCACUUUAGUGUUAGGAAUACAAGCCUGUAUUCCUAAUGCUAUAGUGUUCCUUUAACAACCAUAGUGCGUUCAGUUGGUUCCAUAUUUAUGGUUGGUUGUCACAUGCUUCUAUUGUACAUAAUAUUUGAAGAUGCCUGUUCCUUUUUGUCAUAGUUAGACAUCGUUCUACCAGUUGACACCUUUUGCCAAAUAUCAUCUAAUGUAAAAUAGUGCCUAUAUAUAAAAAAAAGACGUAACAGUGCUGCUGUAAGUGAGUGAAUACCAGUACAUUUAACAAUGUAAGCAGUAGUAAAAAAAAAAUUAAGAAACUUUCUCAUAAUAUUUUAGUUGUGCAUUUCAUUUUUAAUGUGAAGCCCAUCUUCCACCAUACUCCAACAGUAGGCUUUCACUCGGUGAUUACUUAAUGAGAAUAUCCUGGUGUAAAUUUGAUACCCACAUAAUCACUGGGACCCAGUCUUCACUGUAGGAUAUUUUGUUUACAUAGUAAAAAUGUAUAGCGAUUUGCACUGAAUGUAAGAACUGGACACAUACAGUUCUAAAAGCAAGUGAUUAUAGUGUAUGACAUUUUUUACAGUUCUUUCCUAAUGGAUAUGCUUUUGCCACUGGCUCGGAUGAUGCAACUUGUCGUCUAUUUGAUCUGCGUGCAGACCAGGAACUGAUGAUGUACUCCCAUGACAACAUCAUUUGUGGUAUCACUUCAGUAGCUUUCUCCAAAAGCGGUCGCCUGUUGUUAGCUGGCUACGAUGACUUCAACUGCAACGUAUGGGACACCUUGAAGGGUGAAAGAGCCGGUGAGUUGAAGUUGCAUUUGGUGUGAAGUAAUGUCAGAUGACUGGCACUUUGAACAAAUUAAAUUUAUUCAACAGACGAAUAUCCUAAAACCACUGUUUGUAAGACAAGUUCAAUGAGUCAUUUAGGAGGUGUUCCAACACCAUAUAAAGCUUAUACUACUUCAGAGAUUUGUAAAAGAUAUGCGUGCCUUGCCCAUUUCAGUACAUGAUCUAGCUAGGAAUGCUUCCAGAGGCUCAAAGUACCUCUCCAACUGUAGUUCAAUAACAAGUCAUAAGGUAGAGGCACAGGUUUGUUACCAUGGCUGGUUGAAAUGAAAACUGAACACCCCAUUGUAAAACAACCAUGUUGUAUGCAGCUUUUGCAUAACCCUGCAAAAGAAAAAUGGGGAUAUCAUCCAUAUGGACUGUCUUUUUUUGUCCAAUAUCCUUAUUUCAUAAAAAUUGUGUUAUUCUAGGCAGUAUCUGAAACAUGACAAAUAACCUUUUGUGUUCUCUGUCCUCAGGAGUCCUUGCUGGCCACGAUAACCGUGUGAGCUGUUUAGGUGUAACCGAUGAUGGCAUGGCUGUAGCUACAGGGUCUUGGGACAGUUUUCUCAGAAUCUGGAAUUAACUUGAUGAAAGAGAAUGAUCUUGUAAAUUCUCCACCGAGAUCUGGAGAGGUCAAUGCUGCAGCCUAUAGCUGUGAAAUAACAUUUCUACCUUGUAUUUGCAGGUGAAGUUUUUUCUAUUCACUGAUUAUUAUUACACAAAAGGCUUUCUUUAAACUAGUAAAAUCAAGUGAAGUCAUAAGGUUUUAAAGGGGAAAGAGCAUUGGUGACUAUUUAAAAGGGGCUAGCACACAGGAUCAUGGUGACCAAGAAUCUAGGAGCCAGUCUUUGUUUUUGUGGUUUGGUUAAGUUGUUUUAACCCUUUUGCUGCUAGUAAAGUCAGUUUUGCAUUGUAGAUCUUUACAGCAGCCACACGGUUAAAGGAUUUCUGCUUUGUGCUCAAAGUCUGCUGAGUCUGUACUUUAUUUUUGUUAGCUUUUAUUUUAUUUUUAUUUUUUGUACAUACCUGAAUGUACACACUAUAGCAGCUGAACAUGUAAUGUUUAUAUGUUAAAUGACAAAAAAAACAAGAAAAGACAAAAAAAACAAACAAACAAAAAUGCCUUUUUUAUUUAAAAAAUAAAUAAGAAUUGUAGCUUUGAACAGCAGAGUAGUAUAAUGUUGGAUAUACUUGAUUGCUGUUUCCUUUUUUUGUGACCUUGCUGUGGAUAAAAUUAAGUCAUUGCUCUGUAUAUGUGUCCAUCAAGUUAUAGUAUAUCUUCCCCUUAGACACAGGACAGGCCAGUUAGUGAAUCUGUUUCCUCACCUCCCUAUAGUGUGACUGCGUGUAUUACAACCAGAUUAACUUGUGGUGUACUGUGAUACUGAUUCCAUUGUGCAGUCACAGGUAUCUCAGUCCCUUGAGAAUGCAGGAAAAUUAAACCCACUAUUCUGUUUCCUGACCUGAAUGCACUAAUGUAAAUUGCUAAUGUUCCCAUCUACCUGCACUGAAAGAAACUUGAAACAUUAACUACUUUUAUUUUUUUUCUUUGCAAUAUUUUUCUUUUUUGGGUCGGCUUUUGAAACCACUAAUUUCCAACAAAUAACCUGACAAUCAUCAGGAAUAAUAUGUAAGAAAAUCGAACUGUAAACCCUUUAAUAUUUAGUCUAAUAAUAGUGCUUUGUCAGUCACAUUCACUAAUUUAAUGUAAAUAAAUUUCUAUUUACCAUUGGUAUUAAGAUCUCAACAGGGCAUUACAUUGUCUUUCCCUGCUUGUGACUUUACUUAAUGCUGUAAGUGAUGCAGUAAUUCUAGUAAAAUAGUUACCCAAGACAGUCCUGUUCUAAACCUCUUUAAAUGAGAGAACUCAGCUGGGUAUACCUGGUUGAAGUUGGUGCCCAAUUUAAAAACUCAUUGAAUUUUUUUUUUUCAUUUAGUAACCCUAAACAGUUUCUACCUGAUGGGGAACUUUGUUUACACAGUCAGUGUCCCUUAAAACAGUGCCAAAAUGCGUUGCCCUUCUAAUAAGUCUUUGAUAUUCUAACCAGAGCCCAUGCGCUGAAAUUUAAUCUUUUAAUCUGUGCCUCUUGUCAUGUUUAUAAUCAUGAAUGUGCCAAUAAAUUCUACCCAUACAGAAUCCUCAGUAUUGUGAAGCUACUCCUAUUACACGGUUGUUAAAUUAUGAAAAACAAUACUGGGCUGGAAUACUGCGUUUGCCUGUCAUCCUUAGUGUCACCGCCAUUGUUUGGCACUCUUGCUGUCACUGAAGGCAAGUAAAAUAUCUUGCAAACUAUUAAAGUCAGCAGAGGUAUCCCUGGUGAGCAGAACUUUGAGAUCAAACAGAAUUCAGCACACAAUAUAUCCUUCUUGUUCAAUCUGAUGUUUAAAUACACUUAACCAAGCUGCAAAGUCAUGACACUGUGUUAGUCUGGCUUUUGUAACCUUGUGUCCCCCAACCCCUGCAUUCCUGGUGUAUUAAAGGUAAAGCUGUUAGUUUUGGAAAGCAGUGGGGAGAUCCAGAAAUCUGAUUUUAUUUUCCUGAUCCGGUUUUGUAUAUUGCUAGUUAAAUUGCCAGGACAUUAUGUACUAUCAUUAUUAUUUCCUAAGCUUGUGUUAAAUGAUUGGGAAUUGUAAGCAGAAUUUUCUGGUAUGUUCAAAAGGUAAAUGUGAAAAGCUAGAAACAGGUUUGACAUCCUUCUGACCAUCGAGUAAAACAUUGUAACAUGCGGUUUCUUAGUAGACUAAGUACCAGUACCCAGUAUAUGUUGUGUAUUGUGGCUUAAAGAGAAAUGUAAACUUUUUUGAUCGCCAGUAUGUCAGUAUACGGCUACUGUGAAAUGGAGGUGCCAAGAGCAAUGGUUAAAUUACUAAAAAUGAUUCAGAGAGCUACAGCUUUGUGUUUCUGAUCAGUUAUGGAAUUCACAAUGUGCCAAUAUAUGAACCAUUGUAAUCAUUCCAGCUGUAAUUAAUUUUUUGCCUUCUUCAAGCGGAUUGUGAAUUUAAAUGGGAAUCCAUUUAUAGUUCUUGUUCAGGGUGCUAUCUUGACAUGUUGGGUUAGUAUGCCAACCUUUCAAAAGUGGCUUUAGUUACCACCUAUAUCAUCGGUGCUCCAGAAGAUGUUAAAGAACUGCUUUUUGCAAAGAAAAUAUUCAUAUUGUUCUCUGUAAAAGACUUUUUUUUUUUUUUUUUUUUUUUUUUUGAAAGUGCCAAUUUUCCCAAGAUGGGUCUAAAACUUGGAUGAACAUAGGACUUGGCAGGCCCUUCAGUCAACCAACAAAGUAUAUCAAAAAGAUCGAACACAAUUGGGUGGUUAAAACCGUUUUCUUUUAGAUUGGUGGUACUGAAUCUAAAAUCGGUGCCGGGUCAGUAGCACUAGUUCCAUUUUCCACUUUUUAUUCCAAUUUUUUUUUUUUUUUUGUCUUGUUCUAUUUCAUAAAUGAAACUGCUAACCUCUCAAUACAUUCCAACGCUUUAUUAUGAAGGACAAGUUGCAUCAAAAGUCAAAUUUGUAGUACUGUACUGUGACACUUCUCUCAAAGAAGCUCAAGCCAAUUGAAAUCUGGAAUAUUUGUCGCUCCCGCACGAUUUUUCUAGUCAAGUAACGGAAUUUGGUUUCAUUUCAUGUCCAAGUGACGAAGCAUGGGUAAUGGUGCACUUUGUAUAAUCUGGCGUGCAUGCUAGUGAAAAUAUCUUCCUCAACCGUAGAGGCACCAUAAGCCUUGUCUCUUCUGUUUGUAUCGAAUUGCUGGUUGUAUAAAAUACAUACAGAAUGUUAAUGCAGUGUUGUAUGGUAAUAUGUGCAAACAGUGUUACAGAUUUGAUAUAACCUGAGAUAACACAUUACAUGUGCCUCACAAAAUCUUCGACCACACAGUAUGCUAGGUUUCGAAUAAUACGGAUUUUCAGUGGAGACUAGUUCUAGAUCUUUACAGCCUUUUUAAUGCUUUCUUUACAUAGUGGUGCUUAAUCCUGUGUGUUUCUCCAUUCCCGGGGAUUGGGAAAGGCAAAGUAAAAAAAAAUAAAAAAAUUAUAAUAAUUAAAAAAAAUAUAUAUAAAAUAAAAAAAUCGAUUAAAAAAAAAAAAGAGGAAAAAAAGCAUCUAACACAUGCGUUAUUACACUUAAUAUCCAUAGAAGUCCAACAUUUAGUUGCUUUUUGAAGGAACAUGUUUUGUUGCUGUAAUAUAACACAUUGAAGAAGAGAAAAAUCGAGCACAUUCAUUCUAUAAACAUUUUUACUCGUGUUGCUGAUUUUUGACAAAAGGCUUUAUAAAUAUCAAUUAUGAAUUAAUUCUGCACUGCCUUUUGGAUUGUGUAUGUUUUAAAAACGGUCUUUAAAGGUUUUAAGCCAAUUAGAAACCAGGGACAUGCCAUGCUUAUUUUCCUCCCCUUUCUUUCUUUUAACCGUUGCUGUUGUAUAAAGAAUUUCCCUGUGAAAUAAUCACUUGCUAUAAACGUUUUGUUUAUAUUUUUCCACAAUUGAUUUUUUUUCUUUGUAUUUGUACAGUGGCUCAGUGAAACCAAUAUGUUGCCAUGAAUUGAUAUUGUAACCAAUAAACAAGUGCUUUUAACCAGAUAUUUGCUGUCCUUAUUGUUUAUUGUACAAUUAUUUUCCCUGCCU